AUGACUCUGGAGCGUUACAGCUCUCACGAAGUUGGCGGUGCUGGUACGAUCUACAUUGAACAAUUCACCCUCAAUGUUGCUGGUGAAAACGAGACUCGUAUCACGCAACACAAGACCCUCAGGGUCAGCAACAAUGGCCUCCCCUACCCACAUGCCGCAACGUACGAGCAUGGUGAUCUGCGCACCCUUCUAGACGGGCAGUAUGAUGACAUCAGCCAGUCCGGUGGUAUCACCUGGUUAUGGCAUUCCUCAAACUCCUACAACUUUGAUGAGGUACAUGUCCACGGUAAUGCACACGUGGCAAUUUUGAGUGAUACAUCAACAGAAGAAGUGCAGGUUCUUGGAGGCCGACUAUUCGGAGAUCGCUCUGCAGUGUUCCACAUUGGACAGAAUCAAUUAUUUGGUUUUGACUGGGUUGAUGUGUACUUUGCAGCCAAUGUGAUGUUGUACAGGUAUGUGCAGACAAGACAUUCAUUAGGCUGUUGUUUCUUAGAUACCCUUGGUACGGCCAUCUUCGUUUGCCACCUCGCCUCAGCAUGCGUGAUGUCUGGAUGGAAAUCAAUGGUACCCUUGCAGAUGUCGGUGACUUUUACCAUCGACAGUGGGGGAGCCCUCUCCAUGUGGUCCUAUGGCAACUCACUCGACCAACCGUCCGGGCGUUACAAGUGCGUAAAUGUGACCGUGCGAUCGGACGGGAAGUUUGAGAUGUUGACGGUGAAGGACGAGGCAGAGUUCACGCUGGACUUGAAGCUGUUUGUGGUGAAUGCUGGAGGUUAUGUCCGGACAAACAGGCUGCAUCUCAUUGCUGAAGAUUUGACAGUUGAUGUUGCAGGUGACUUCCAUGCAGACUUCAGCGGCCAUGCUUUAGGUGAAGGCCCUGGUAAGGGAAAAAGCAAGAGCAGUGGACAGCUUGGUGGGGCAGGAGGUGGUCACGGUGGACGUGGUGGACCGUCAAGGCGUGGAAUUCAUUGGGCCUUUGCGUAUGGGUCAACCUUCAUCCCGGAGGAGAUGGGUAGUGGAGGUGGGCGUGGCAAUGAUGGAGACGGCGGAGGGCGAGGAGGAGGUGCCCUUCUUCUGGAGAUUAGGGAUGACCUUAGAGUGGAAGGUCGUCUCCAUGCAAAUGGGGAAAAUAGCCAUGGUGUUACGGGCGCUGGAUCAGGGGGCAGUAUUCUCGCCUACGUCGGCCAUCUUGAUGGAGCUGGGUCGAUAGAGAGCAAUGGUGGAGAAGGCUCCACUUAUGGCGGUGGGGGUUCAGGAGGUCGUAUUGCAAUCUACUACACACACUACAACUAUAUUGGAAGCUUCCAUACCAAGGGUGGCACUGGACCUGAUGAAGUAAGCUCCUCUGGUACAGUUUACCUUCAAGGAGGCGUGGAUCCAGACCAACAAAAACGCAAACUCAUCGUCGACAAUGAACAGUCCUCUUCUGAUGCUUCUCGAAUUGAAGAAUACAUCAAUCUUCCGUUGGAUAGCGCAGACUCAAGCAGCUUAACGGAUUAUUACACUUAUGGCGGUGUACGCAUAUUUACCUCCGGUGUCCCUUUAUAUUAUGAUCAUGGAUAUACCAGGUUCCAGCUCAGUCGGAUGUUCUCUGGGUCGGGCACGGAUGGGUAUUAUUAUCUAACUGGUGCCCAGCAGCCUACGGUUACUGUAUCGUUUCCGUUCACUGUGUAUGCGUAUGCUGUCAGGGUUUACCCACAAUGCACAAGCCACAUCACCGAUUUCCAAAUCUCAAGUCAGUCCGGCAUAACUACCGUUGUACACACUGAUGGCUUUGUAGAUGUCAGUGGUUGCCGAACACAGCAGGAACCAGAUCAAUAUUCACUGGUUCCCAUCGGUAACAUUGUCGAUAAGAUUUUCAUUGAGCUUCGUGGACAUGGAAGCUAUGCAGCUAUGAACAAGGUUGAAGUACUGCUUCAGAGAGACCCAGAGCACAGUAAUGUGGUACAGACAGAACACUCAAUGGCUCCCGAUACACUCAUUCUUGCUGAAGAAGAAGAAGCUGACACCUUUGAGUUUGAUGAGGUCAUCAUCAGAGGUCAAGGGUCACUCGCAUUGAUAAACAUGAGGGCCCAUCGUUCAGAGCUAAUCGCUCACGCAGUCGGCGGUGAUCGAAGCGGUCAGCUGACUCUAUUCCGAGGCCAGGAUCUGAAUGCCACGAUGCCUCGUGCCCUGAUGCCCUUCUCUCUACUGGCACUGGAUGGCUCUUCUGCAACGCUUCCAACCAUUCUUGAUUGCAAGAAUGUAGAAAUAGCCAUAGAUGGGAGUCUUCACAGCAUGGAGAGGUUCACAAUCAGCUCUGGCUGCAAUGUAUUCCUGGAGUAUGAAGGGGGCGACCAAAACCACAUCGGUCACCUGGACAUUAAAACCUUUGGCUCUCUGUACAUCAAUGAUAACCAGAAAGGGACUGUCACUCUGGAGGGAACCACGCUCAAUGUCCGAAGUGGAGCUUUGCUCAAGUCUAGUGAUCUGAGUCUUCACUUUGUCAACGUGAGCGUUGAACCCUCAGCUACUCUAUCCAUAGGCUUUGAGACAUCCUUACAGCAUGAACAGACAAUAGGCAAUGGCUCAGGACUGAAAGGCAGCCCUGGCUCAUCGGGUGCAGGUCACGCCAGCACAGGGGGUCAAGGUCAAAACCAGCCACGCGUCGGCAUACCCUAUGGAUCAUUCUUGACCCCUGACCUCUUCGGGUCAGAUGGAGGUCAAUCGACAUAUCCUCAUCUGGGAGGAUCAGGUGCCGGCAGAGUGUUCAUGAAUGUGACGGGGAUCUUAACAAUUGAUGGAACUCUGAUUGCUGCAGGUGGCGAUCAUCGCUCGCCAGGCGCUGGAGGAGGCAGUGGAGGCAGCAUCUGGAUUGAGACUGAGACCUUAGAUGGAGAUGGAAUCAUAGAUGCUUCAGGAGGAGGCGGCUACUCUGGUACUCUUAGUUCUCCAGGGGGAGGAGGAGCUGGUGGUAGAAUAGCUGUCUACUACACGAACAACCACUUUAUUGGUGAUUUUGAAGCUGUUGGAGGGAGCAGCAACUUUGAACCAGGUGGUCCUGGGACAAUCUACUUACACAAACUCCAACCACUAAAUGGUACCGUGCUUCUAGAUGCAACCAGUGACGAGGCGCGCAUCACCCAUGAUUCCAACGUCACCGAGCCUCUCACUAAUCGUACACUCUACAUCAACAAUCGGGGGCGAUCACCCCGCGACAAGGGUCGUAACAUCACAGACGGUUUCGCAGACUAUGCAAGUGUGUCCACUAUCCUCUGGUUGAUGCCUACUGAGCGUGCUCAGAUUGACGUCGUGCGAAAUGAGCCCAGCCACAAUUUCACCGAAGACAUUAUUCUGGACGAGCUACACAUCUACGGCGGCGCUCAGAUAGCGUACUUGGACCCCGAACAACACCACGACUCACUCAGUGUUAGAAUCGGGUCGAUAUCAGGGGAUCGCACGGGCAAGAUGCUGAUUGGUUUCAACCAGACCUUUUACGCGUCUCGUGCGCAUUUUCCCAUGGAUGUGGAUGUGUAUCGUGGAGGGUCGGCAACACUCCAUGGUGAGCUUAAGGUUGCUGGUGUGAGGGUUAACGUUGAGGGCGUUCUGGAAAAUGCGGAGAAUGUUACUGUCGCAGAUGGAGGUACUCUGCUCAUGCAUGAAAUGAUCAACAUCGACGGGGAAUCGACGGAGACCCUUAACUUCAAUGCCAUCAACAUUCGCAAUCACGGCACGAUGGUGGUCAAGAAUGGCCGGGAGCGGCGCACCAUCGAGGGCACCUUUGUUCAGGUGUACGGCGGUGGGGAGUUGAUAUCCACCAAUCUCAACAUCGUUGCUGACGUGGUGAUUGUGGAUUCCAAAGGGUUUAUCAGCUUGAAUGGGGAGGGGUUUGCUGGAAGUGAAGGCCCAGGUGCGGGUUUUUUCUACCAAGGUCCAAGUUAUCCGUACCCGAACAUCGGCACCGGUGCAACACACGGAGGUGAAGGGGGCUGCACCUCAUCCAGUCAACGGUCCCCUCCCAGUUAUGGCUCCUUCACCACCCCGGCUGAAUUUGGGAGUGGAGGGGGGCUUUCGGGUGGUGCCGGAGGUGGAAUUUUGUGGAUGAAUGUUAGCCAGUGGCUGAGGGUUGAGGGCACUGUUCGGGCAAACGGUGAAGAUGGGAAUGCGGCUUUGAGUGGUGGCGGAAGCGGAGGGAGUAUUCUUAUCUCUGCGAAUGAGAUUGAUGGUUCUGGAGAAUUUCAGGUAAAUGGAGGAAAUGGGAACAAUGCCGGAGGCGGAGGGGGAGGCCGUCUCUCAGUCUACGUCGAUGAGAACAGAUUCGAUGGUGAAUUUGAGGCUAGAGGAGGGUCAGGGGUCAAUGAGCAUGGCGCCUCUGGAACCAUCUAUCUGAAGCAGACUGGAGAUGAUGGACACAAGAGGCUGAAGGUCUACAACCGCUUCAAUACUCAACAUUCACAGACUCGUCGAACUUCCGUUACCCUGCCUCCAUUGUACGACCCAGAUCAUGACAUCGAUCUGCUGGACAUUGGUCAGUACGCCCACAUGGAACUACAAGCAGUCGGCAUAGAGGGCUAUCCGGCCUUAGACAAUACCACACGCACUCUGCGUGUGGCGCAGACAACUGGUGACUUCACAGCGACGGUCCAUGUAGGGGAGACCGACGAACUUUUCAUCGCCGCCAACGCUACGAGGAAUUUGCCGUUUAGCCUGGUCUUGUAUGAGAAUGGAACUGCUGCCCUUCCAGAGGACACUUUCCUCCAAUCAGUGAGUCUCCUGCUUCAUGCGGGUGACUUGAUUGGAGUAGAUGAUUUAGAGAUUGGUCUCAAUGCUCGAGUCACUUACCACCCCCCUGGAAGAAUCAACUCUGCCACCCAAAGUGAGGCUUCCUUACAUAGCCUCAGCGUGCUUAGUGGUGGUGUUAUGGAAUACACUGGGGAGGCUGAGUUGGACCAGGAACUCCGAAUUAAUCUGGAGGGGGAUUUUAAAAUGACAGCAGGGGCUCUGAUGACUGCAAACAAGGUUGAUAUUAGAGCAAACAGUGUGACCAUCGAUCACGAGGCAACCCUUGAUGCGAGUGGUAGGGGUUUCUCUCCUGGACAAGGCCCAAGCCCCGGUAUUCAUCAUGCCAAUGGUGGUUCAGGCGCAUCUCAUGGUGGCAGAGGUGGGAUGGGUGCGUAUGUUUCCUCAGCUGAGAAAGCGUAUGGGAACGUCUUGGGACCUGAAGAGUUUGGGAGUGGGGGAAGUGAUGGAGGAUACAGUGGGAACUCCUGCUCUGGAGGUGGAGUGGUACGUCUUGAAGCAAGAAAUCACACACUGAUUGACGGAGACAUAGUUGCAAGCGGUGAGCAUGCCAAUGUACUGAGGACUGGUGGUGCAAGUGGAGGCAGCAUCUGGAUAACAAGUAGCAGCAUGAGCGGGAGGGGCAGAUUGUUGGCCAAUGGAGGUGACGCGACCUGCGUGCCCGAUUGCAACAACUGCGACUCGGAAAAGCGCUGUCGACAGUGCACCAACCACCAGUUCUGGCAGGCCUACAACUGUGUGUCCGAUUGCCAUGACUUUGAGAACAGGAGACCAUUCUUUGGCCAUGACAAUACAGGACGGUACUGCGACACAGAGACCACCACUGGCACCAGGGAGAUUGGGGGAGGUGGUGCAGGCGGGCGUAUCGCUAUUCACACCUACGACGCCAAUCGGUUCUCAGGCCGCAUGGAGGCUUUCGGCGGCCGCAGCCAUUCCGAGGUUGGCGGCCCGGGAACAGUCUACCUGUCCAAUAUCACUCCCAACGAAACCUUACGCACACUAAUCGUCAGCAACGACAAACGCGGGCCGUCACGCACAUAUCUUACCUCACGCCAAGACGACAGUUCACGCGCUUACGUGGUCACUGACUCCCACCAUGAAGUCACCGAAUACACGUUUGAGAGAGUGUCCCUGACAGAAAAAGCGCACCUUGCGUUUGAGAGCUCGUUGGACGAACCAGUCAGUGUCAAAAUCGGUUAUUUGGACGGAGACCAAUCGGGAGUCUUCCACACCGAUGGGAACUAUCCAAUCACAAUCAGAGAUUCUGCGUCACCGUUUCCGGCGGGGUUCAGGGUGUAUGAGAACACCUUCCUGAGUCUCCCAGAAGAUACCAGGCUUGAGGGUUCACCAGUUAACCCUGUCUAUAUUGAAGGCUCACUGGAUGGAGUAAAACACCUCAUCAUCGGACAAGGGAUACAUGUGUCUAUAGGAGAUCAUGGAAAGUUUUCUGGUGAACCUGACAAGUGUUUCGUCUUAGACUCGCUCCAAGUCCUCGCCAGUGGUCAGUUGUCCUCCUUCUACUCAAGUGGAUUGAACUACAACCCUUCAUUUGACACGCUUAAUCCAUCACUGAAGUUGACACUCACCGAAUCAUUGAGGGUCCACCCAGGUGGCCUUAUUCAGACCAACUAUCUAGAUGUAACUGCUGCAGUGGAGAUAGAGAUAGACACUGCUGGUGUGAUUGAUUCAUCAGGCAGAAGCCCUGACAUUGAACAUGGAGGCGUUGACAGUGUUAAAGGUGCGUCUGGUGGUGGCCAUGGAGGAAGUGGGGGUCAAGGAAACGGCCAAAUCAUUGUCGGUCCACCCAGGGGGUCACCCUUUGCACCCAUGACCUUUGGCAGCGCCGGUGGCAGCGGGAACAAAUCACCCUCUAGCCCAAACACCGCGGGCAAAGGAGGAGGAUUGAUCCUGAUGAGUGCCCCUGUGGUAGAGGUUGAUGGCCUGGUGAAAUCUGACGGGACAGCGGCUAGCCAAGGGUACAGUGGAGGUGGCAGCGGGGGUGCUGUAUUUAUCAAGACACAACAGCUCCGUGGUCAGGGUCAAAUAUCUGCCAUGGGGGGCUUGGUCCCAUGUUGUUACUCAACUAGUGAAGGUGGUGGAGGAGGGGGUGGUCGCAUCACUCUUCAAUACCACAACACAACAUUCACCGGUAAGCUCUCCGCCCAAGGCGGGCGUGGCAUCGAUGAGUCGGGCGGGGCGGGAACAAUCAUCAACCAAGACCUCUUGUUGAAUGAAAACAGACUCCACGUCGACAACUCCUUCAUCGGUGGCCCAAAAGAGCUUCAGAUUAACUACCCGGGUUUGAUCGGAGUUCACCGUGGGCGGGACAGCUGCAGGACGUGGCUCCUCCCACCCGGCGACGCCUCAGAGUAUGACCUCGAGGAGGUCAGCAUCAACGGUGGUUCCCACCUGGCGUUGUUUAAGGCAACGGCGAGCGACACCCAGAGUGUGGUUGUUGAGAGCAACAGCGGUGACAACUCUGGAUACUUCCAUGUUGGACCACUUCAGGUACUGAAAAUGGAUCUUCCCGCAAACAACCCAAGGCUGGCAUGGAACAUUCAACUUUAUGAGAGGGGUGAGCUCGAUAUGCCAGAACACUUGGAGGUGCAUGAUCUCACCUUGGUACUGGAAGGGAUGGUGACUGGUGUUAAAGAUAUCUCAGUGGGUAAAGGCGGAAAGGUUUACUUAAGUCACGUGACGAAUUCCACCGAUCAAGUCUCAGAGACGAUCAAGUUUGAUCAGUUCGUGGUCCACGGUGGCGGGCAGGUGUUCAUAGAGGGCGGUAUACAGGGACUGAAACUGUUUGGCAACAAGCUCCACCUGGAGAGCGGUGCGUACUUGAAGGCAGACCGUGUGCUCAUCAACGUGACUGACCUGAUCAUCGAGGAGUUGGCCGUUCUGGAUCUCAACUCAGCCUUUUCUGGUGACGAGCACAGUGAUGUUGGUAGAGGCAGUGGCUAUGCUGGUGCCGGGCAUGGAGGUCAAGGUGGCAGAGGUCAAGGGUCACCUGGAGGUGGUCUAUUCUAUGGGAACGUUCUGGAGCCACAACAUUUUGGUAGCAGUGCCAGCGAUGAAAAAUCUAGUGGAGGUGGUAUACUGACAGCAAUUGUUAGCAAUGAGCUGAGGGUAGACGGAACAAUUCAAGUCAAUGGCCAGAAUGGUCAGUCUUCAGGAGGUGGUGCAAGUGGUGGAAGUAUUCUCCUUGAUGCACUGCGCUUUACUGGAGUAGGUCUUGUUCAAGCUAAUGGAGGCGCAGGUGCCAGUACCACAGGAGGAGGUGGGAGUGGUGGUCGCAUUGCCCUGUACUUCACAGACAACACAUUCACCGGCAAGUUCACUGCCUACGGGGGUAGUUCGGUCCAAGAGCCAGGUGCAGCUGGUACUGUUUACCAGGAGUCAAAGGUCAUGACCCCACGAUUCAGGAGCCUGAUGGUGGACAACAAUGGACAGACAAUCCAUCAGAAAACUAUCAGCAAUUAUUACAAUCUUCGCAAUGAUGCAGCAGUGACUUGGAUCAACCAGAUCGCCAUAGGAACCGAGUACACCUUCGAUGAGCUCACCCUUCAAGGGAACGCCCAUCUCGCUUUCGAAUCUCGAGCCGAGUCCUCUGCUCGCCAAUUUGUCAUUCAGAAACUCAUUGGGGAAGAGAGUCAACUGUACCAGAGAUACGGGACUCUUCAUACCGGACCGAAUCAAGUCGUCACAAUAAGACAGUCAAUGUAUUACCUGCCGCUCAACUUAUACGUGUACGACCAGGGGUCCCUCAGCCUGCCUGACCGAGUAAUGCUGCACCGUACGGAGAGCGUAGUCAACGGGCUCCUAGGGGGCGCCAGAGACCUGUCCCUUUCACACUCCAUGCUUUCCUUUGGUGAGAACUCCAGGUCUGCGGUGGAGACCAUUCAGACCACGUUUAGCUUUGACACCCUGAGUGUUCUCCCGGGAAGUGUGGUCGAGCUUAGCGGCUGGAGCGGAGACUACGAGCUGAAGCUGACCAGACUGGAAAUAGGAGCGAAUGGUAAGGUGCUUGGGAGGAGGCUAAAAGUCCGUGCAGAGAUGAUUACACUAGCGGAGACUGCAGUACUUAGUGUGGACUACGGUGGACUCAACAGCAAUGGAAUUGGGACUUAUUUUGCUGGAGCAGGAGGCAGCCACGGGGCCAAAGGUGGUCUCGGUAGGUAUAGCCCCGACUCAAACUCACACUAUGACUCCAUAUUUGCCCCCGAGGAGUUCGGAGAAGCGGGCGGCUGUGGGAUGCAACGUUGUGAGAAUGGUGACGCGCCAGCUGGCGGGGGCGCUCUUCAUCUUCAGACGACCGAACUGUACAAUAGCGGCACCAUCAGUGCAAGAGGUCAGAAUGCAGUCAGUGUUGCAUCCUCUACAAGAUCCGGUGGAGGAGCUGGGGGCAGUAUCUGGCUGGAAGUUGAUUCCAUCGUGUCCAAAGGGGAAAUUGAUGCCAGGGGUGGGCAGGGAGAUGGGAAUGAAGGCGGAGGUGGUGCAGGUGGCAUCAUAUCAAUCUACUACGAUGAUGAAGAGAUCACUGAGCAACCUCUUGCCUGUGGUGCUUCGGGGUACCAGGCUGGUGGCUCAGGGUUUGUGUAUCUGGUGCGGCUUAAAGAAGGAUUUGUGUACAGCAAGAUACUAAUGGACAACUGUGGACUUGAUUCUCCACAAGAAGCAGUCGCCGAUUUGACCUCUGACACUAACAUCUUCAUCCUCCAUGAGCUGGAGAUAAGAGGGAGGGCAAGACUCCGUCUCACUGGGAGGAGUCUCAACAACCCCUCCCUGUGCUUCCCUGUUGCAGUCCUCAAGGGUGAUCGGACAGGAUGGUUCACAGUUAGUAGUCAGAUCAGAGCUCACUUCUCAAUUUGUGGAUGCCCCGUCUGCAACAUCCAAGACCCUGUCGCUAGGAUUGAUCUUGUUUUCAGCAUCGCUGUCGAAAACAACGGCUAUUUGAAGGUUCCCAGGGACGUGACUCUGCGGGAAGGAGUGACCCUUGACCUUUGUGGGAACCUGGAUGGCGUACAAGACGGCUCGUUGAGUAUUCGUGAUGGGGGAACUCUAAAUGCGGGUUAUCCAGCAAGAACUGGAGGUUCUGCUUCCCCAGUAGGCACUUUGGACAUAGACACUGUUUCAAUAUUCAAAGGGGGUGUCAUGAAGAAGUCAACAUCAUGUCCAAAUCCAGAAAACAUGGACUUACUUCUUGAGGUAGCAACUUUCAAGCAGUCUUGGAUGUCAACAUUCUUGGGAGACGGAUUCAUAAUUUCAGAUGCUUCAUCUGUUGUGGUAGAUGAGACUAGAGGGCCUUUACCCAGUCAAAUGUGUCCAGAAGGGGUACAGACGUUCUUUAAUGUAACAACUGAUGACCCGUGUCCUGGGGGCCUAACACUGACAUUCAAUAACAACACACAGACAGUAGUUUGCGACUACAACAGCCUUCAUAUGACGGUCGGACAGAGUUGUGAUUUGGUUCCAGGCGAACACAUCUACCAGUCAUUGGUUUUGGAAGCAGGUUCCGAGAUCAAUGUAGUGGGACAGGAAAACGGACUGAGUCUAACUCAGUUAAGUGUCUCAGAUCUUACUGUCAACUAUGGUGGAGUGAUCAAUAGUCAUGCUGGUGGGUUUGUGAAUGGUGGCCAUGGACAGGGAGUAAAUGGAACAGGUGGAAGUUAUGGUGGAAUUGCAGGAGGGGCUGAUACGACUGUUACAUAUGGAAGUGUGAUGGUGCCAGUUGAGUAUGGCAGCAGUGGAACAGACUCUCAAGGUGGUGGACAAAUUGAGAUCACAGUUACAAGAAACUUCCAUCAUGAUGGGAGUAUUAAGGUGACGGGGGAAGGUGGAGUUGGCGGAGGGAGCGGUGGAAGUAUUUAUGUCCGUGCUGGUUCCUUCUCGGGUUAUGGAGUGCUUGAUGCAUCUGGAGGAGCUGGAACAACCUCAGGAGGUGGGGGUGGCAGGAUAUCAAUAGACGUAUCUGGCUCAAGUGAAUACAAAGGCACUUAUCUUGCAAAUGGUGGCAGAGGUGGGGUUAGUGGCUCAUCGGGCACUAUCUUCCUGCAACAUGUUACUUAUGGAACAUUGUCCACUUCCUUGAUCAUCUCUGGAGAAUCGCCACAUCCAACAGAAACAACAUCUCUUGGUUUGACAGACCUUGAUGAGCUACAUGUCCUUGAUUCCGGAAAUGUAGCUAUACAGUCUAAUCUCAAUGUGAGUGUGCUUUUCUGUGAUGGAACUGGAAAGUUAGUCGUGUCGAAGGGAGUCUCUCUUACUGUACAAGAUUUUAUUAAUCCCAGUCUUGGAAUACAGUGUAGGGUUGAGGUCCAGGAAGGUGCCGAGUUUGUUGUCAAUACCCAUUUAAUCCUUACAGGAUUAAUCCAGCCAUUGCUUGAUCUGAGAGGUAGCCUAACUGCACACUCAUUAACUGUUGGUGAAAGCGGUGAACUGGUUAUGAGCAGGAAUGGCACCUUGGUGACAACUCAGAUUGUGAUAAACAAGUUAGGCCAUCUGACAAUCGCUGAUGGAGCCAAGAUCCAGAAAACAUCCUCUAAGAAAGGACAAAAUGGAGCCAUCAGUUUAGAUGAACUUUCUAUCGGGCCAGAAGCUAGUUUCACAGUUGAAGCUGAAGCACAACUGAACAUUGCGAAUUUGACCCUCCAGUAUGGCUCAGUACUCACUGGUGGUGAGUCGCUCUAUUUUACAACUAAUACAACAAACAUCGAGAGUGGAGCACUGAUUUCUGUCAACAAGGGAGGCUUAGUUGAUGGUCCUGGAAGUCCAGGAUACCCAACCAGUGGUGCUAGUCAUGGUGGGCAGGGAGCAACUCUCCAGAAUAGCAUAGACAAGAGCCUCACGUAUGGCUCUCCAUUUGAACCAAAGUCUCCAGGCAGUGGUGUGGGUGACAUAAGAGGAGGUGGAGUCGUUACAUUUACCACAGCAGAAUCUUUCAUCCUUGGUGGAGAAAUUGCUGCUAAUGGCGAAAGCAGCAGCAACUCUGGUGGAGCUUCAGGAGGAAGUAUCUAUAUCAAUGCUGCUCAGCUAAGUGGACAUGGCUCUUUGUCAGCUAAUGGUGGUGAUGGAGGUCCAUCUUGUUGUGGAGGAGGUGGAGGUGGUAGACUCUCUAUUGUCGCGCCAGAAAGCAGUGACUUUGCUGGGGUUUUAACUUCCAAUGGAGGACAUGGUUUUAGAAACGGUGCUGCUGGGACCAUCUACUUGCAAACCAGUGAAAAGGGGACUUCUACAAAAACUCUAACAGUUGACAAUGGGGACAUGAUGUCGGAGUCCUUUACCGUAUUCCUAUCUGAAGAAGACACUUCUGAAAGCUCUCUUGACAAAAUAGUCAUAAGGAACUCGGGUAAGUUGCAGUUAGCAGAGGAAGUUCGUGCUUCAGUCUUUGUGAAAAACCUUCAAGGGGAUUUCAGUGGUAUCAUUCUAGUCAAGGCAAACCAGACACUAUCAAUUGCAACUACGCAGGCAGUCACAAGCUAUUACACCCUUGAAAGUGCCCUUGUGGUGGAUAAAGAUGGUGAAAUCAUUGUCCCUUCCAACCUUUAUCUUCAUCAAGUGACGUCUGGUACAUGUCUCCACCUGGCAGGGUUAAUCACAGGAGCCACGAAACUCCUCGUUGGAUCCAAUGCGGAAGUUUUGAUUGAGCCAACUGCAAGUACUGCUAUUAUCUCUGAUGGGAGUUACGUCUUCAUUGACCCACCAGGGACCUUCACCUUGGAUUCUUUACUCGUUCUUGGUCAUGGAAUUCUCACCUUUGAAACAUUAUUUGAUAAACCCGCAUCCCUGAAUGUCUUGAAUGAAAUCCAUGUGCGAUAUAGUGGCAUGCUGCGGGGAAGGUGGCUCCUUCUCAAAGCAAAACAGGUGCAUGUAGAAUAUGCUGGUUCAAUUUCAAGUGAUGGUAUGGGAUAUUAUGCUUCAAGUGGACCAGGAUCAUCUCAUCAAACAGGAGGAGCUGGUGGAAGCCAUGGUGGUGUGGGAGGUCAAGGAUCGGAAGGCACUCAACCAAUGACAUCUGCAUAUGGCAGUUUGUACGAAGCCAGGGAGUUUGGAAGUGGAGGUGGUAACAGUAGCACAGGCAGCGGUGGAUCAGGAGGUGGUGUGAUUGAAAUCGAAGUUGAUACUUUCAGACUGGAUGGCUCCGUUAGCUCAAAUGGGAAUCAGAGUGAAGCUGGUGGUGGAAGCGGUGGGGCUGUCCACAUCCAGAUCGCCCAGGAGUUAACAGGUUCUGGCGAGAUCAGUGUCGUGGGUGGUAAGGCUGGUAUGGCGGGAUGUGGAGGCGGUGGUGGAGGCAGGGUUACCUUAGUCACACAAGUUGCAUCACGUUUCACUGGGGCGUACCUUGUCAAUGGAGGUUCUGCAGAUGCUCCUGCUCAGCCUGGUGGCUCAGGAACAGCAUACAUCAAGCAGAUAACAGGAGCAACUUAUUUCUCCAAGCUAUACAUCAGUAAUGAUGCCACGGGGAUCACAACACCACAGCUCACCCUACUUAGUGAGACAGACAUUGAGGAAUUCAACUUUGAUGAGCUUCAUGUCCUCAAGAAUGUCAUUCUAGAAGUUGCCGGUUUGGACAAGACAAUGACAGUGACAACCCUCAUCAGUGAUGCCACAAGCACGGUCAAAGUUCACGACACAAUGACCUUGAGUGUCUCGGAAGGUCAGGAGGAAGUCAAUCUUGCCUGUAGCUUCCAACUUGAUCCAGAAGGAGAAUUACGACUUCCUACCAGGGUGACAUUCCUAGGACCCCAGAAUGUGCUUUCAGGUACACUUACAAACAUUUUUGAGAUGGUGGUGGCUUCUUACCAAGAGGUCACCCUAUCCCCAGAGGGAAGGACAGCUUUGUUCAUAGACGGCAACUACACCUACAUUUCCGACCGUGGUGCUUACAAACUAGCUCUUCUAUCCGUCAACGAUCAUGCAAGUCUAACUUUUGGAAUGUCCCCAAAUGUGACCACCACACAUCAGCCCCACUCUAUAGGAGUACUGGAUGUGGAAUAUGACGGGGUUGUUCAUGCAGAGGAACUUUACCUCCAAGGGAAUGAGGUUGUGCUUCAUCCGGGAAGUGCCAUUCAGCUCUUUGGGGGUGGCAGUCCACCCAUGGAGGGGCCUGGAGCUGGUGGAACGAUUGACGAUAUCGGAACUGGCGGAGGACAUGCUGGAUAUGGAGGAUCACCAAUUGACCAAUCAGGCGGCUCUCCUUAUCAGUCAACCACGAACCCCCAGCAGGCCGGUAGUGGUGGUGGGACUGGAUCGACCGGGGAAGGAGGAAGAGGAGGGGGACUGCUUCAAAUGGAGCUUAGUGGAACGUUGUCUCUUGAAGGUAGUAUCCUAGCUAGUGGAGAAACUGGAACAGAAAACAGCGGUGGUGGCAGCGGUGGGACCCUUAUUAUCACAGCACAGGAUCUGUCUGGUCAUGGCCUGAUGGAAUCUAAUGGGGGUAGCAGUGAGAGACUCGGCGGCGGUGGGUCAGGUGGAAAAAUUGCCAUGUUCCUCGCUAACAGCUUCAACUUUGAUGGCACUUUCCAUACUUUGGGUGGUGGAAACUCUGACUCGGACAGUAACAAAAUUCUGGGAGCAGCAGGAACUGUUUUCAUUCGAGACCAGCUGAGCAGUUUACCACGUAGCAAGAUCAUCAUUGAUGGGAGGCAGGAAUCAGACCUUCCGAAACAGGCCAGAACAGUUUUGAGCCUUGAUGGGACAGAGAGCAAUGCUCAGUUUGAGUAUGACAAGCUGGUGCUAAAAGGUUAUUCGCAGCUUGAGUUUAAUGGAACAGAUUCAAGCCUCUCAGUGCAGAGUUUUGAAGGAGAUAAAACCGGGACACUACACGUCCAACAUGAGCAAACAAUGUAUGCAGAAAUAACAGACGGUCGUAGCUCCCAUAUGACUACCCUCAUGAACAUCAUAUCAGGAGAAAAUGCCACCGUCGCCUUCCCGUCUGUUCUCUCAAUCGACCAAACGGAGUUAAUCGUUCAUGGACAGAUCGAUGCUCAGACGGUAACUGUGGAGGAGAGCAGUGCCUUCACUCUCAAAGAGACGAGUUUCACUGCCAGGAGGACUCGAGACGGUUUCAUACCCACCAGCGACCCCGGAGAGUACCUCUUCACCUCGCUGACCCUCAAACGAGGCUCAAGCUUCACCGUGGACUCGGGCCUGACGCUGACCGGAGGCUCCUUUGAUGUCAAAAGUGCCGUGACCCUUCAAUUUGAUUUCUUCGUCAUCACAUCCAAGGCUGUUGUUGUCGAGAGAGAUGCAGUGUUAGACGUUAGCGGCAUGUCUCAAGAGGAGCAUCCUGAUGCAGGAGUUUCCUCUGGAUGUGGAGGUGGAGCUUUUGGUGGGCCUGGUGGAGUGGGACAGGGCAUCGAUAUUUCACAGUCCUUUGCUUCUUUCGGAUCAGUCUACGAGCCACGUGAAUCUGGCACUAUGGGAGGUAAUGGUGGUACCGGUGGUUCAUUCAUACGACUGGAGUCAGAAGACAUACGUAUUGAUGGUAGUUUGUUAGCUGACGGUAACUCUGCGUCUUCAUCCAGUGGUGGUGGUGGCAGUGGUGGUAGCAUCUGGAUUACUGCUAACGGAAAGUUUAGUGGGACAGGCUUGGUGUCUGCCAGUGGUGGAGCUGGUGGGUCACAGAGCUGUGGAAGCGGAGGUGGUGGUCGCAUUGCUGUGUAUACUGAUUCCACUGAACGCUUUGUCGGUCAGUUCAAUGCUGCUGGAGGAAGUGGUCAGUCCACUGGAUCUGGAGGUCCUGGCUCCAUCUAUUUCCAGGAACAGAGAGUCGGGGAAUCAUUUGAAAGGCUUGUUGUUGACAACAGAAAUACACAAACACAGCUUUAUUUCACUCUGAAUGAGACUUGGCAAGAUGGUUCCAUUGAUGAGAUUGAUCUGAGUGACAAUGUCAUGUUUCAACUCACACCUGACGGCUCAAGUCAAAUCUUUGACAUGCGGAAAGUUGUUGGUGAUGGUUCUGCACUGGUUCAUAUUCAUGCAAAUCAAACAGUUUUGUUUGAAAGAAAAUUGGAGGUGAAUGAUUCCAUUGGAAAGACCUUUGUGAAUAUCCGAAUUGAUCAUGAAGGGGAAGCCAUCAUGUCAUCCAGAACACAGAUAGUCGGAAAGGGAACAUCACAUAUAGCUCUCGAUCUCUACGGAAGGUUGAUUGGGGUACAAGAUCUUGUACUUGCAGACGACCGGACAAUGAGGGUGUAUCCAACAGCUGAUGCAGUUGCUCUUGUUGGAGAUGAGAAUGGGGAACCAGGAAAAUUCACAUUUGCUUCAAUGGAGCUGGCGAGUGGAAGUCGAUGGGAGUUUGUUGAGAACAUGGGAGCUCACCUGACUGUUGGAACCAUGGAUGUCAAAUUUGGAGCAGGAGUCUGGGCAGACUACUUCAUCAUAACAGCAUUUGAUCUCGAUGUUGAGGUCGGAGCUCUUCUCUCGUGUCGGGGCAAUGAUCGAGAUGCUUCUUCUGAUGUGGAUCAGGCAAUUGGGAGUGGCAGUACAAUAGGUGCAGAGGACUCUGGUGCUGGUCAUGGAAGUUUCGGAGGAGUUGGCUACUCACAUAGAGCAGAAGGAGGUAAACCUUAUGGAUCGCUGUACUACCCACAAGAAAAAGGAAGUAGGGGAUCACUUACUGGAGGACGCGGUGGAGGUACUGUUUAUAUCCUCUCUGCUGAGCUGAUUCUUGAUGGAGAAUUAUCAGCAAGUGCUGAAGAUGGCAUGAGCAGUGGCAGAAGUGGUGGCAGCGGUGGGAGUGUUUUGAUUCAGACAACAUGGUUUGAAGGUUUUGGUGUGCUGUCGGCAAACGGUGGGGAUGGUUCAGGGUAUGGAGGUGGUGGAUCAGGUGGACGCAUUGCUGUUUAUACAAAUACAACCAACGCAUAUGGGGGAUUGUAUUCAACUCUUGGAGGCGAUGGAUACAGGGAAUCAUCUGUUCCUACUGGAGGUGGAAGUGGGACUGUCUUUCUUCAGGAGUUGAGGAAUGGUAUUCCAUUCAAGAGGCUGUUUAUCGACAAUCAGAACAGAAGAGUCACUCAGUAUGUUGCUCUAAAUGAAACAGACACUCGAUAUGAGUUUGAUGAGAUACAUCUACCAAGAAAGUCAUCCCUUCAUAUUGCUGAGGGUGUUUCAGAUGCUCAUUUGGUGAUACACAAAGUCAUUGGGGAUAGAACUGGGCUGCUACAUGCUCAUAAUAUGCAUCAUUUCAUGAUUGAGGUAGUUGAAAGCAUACCUACUGUGACCAAAGCUCCAGUGAACUACAUCAUCGAUGAUGGAGCUGAGAUUGUUUUUCCUUCGACCCUGUAUGUAGUAGGUACUGGUGUCCCUACGGAAAAUUCUGAUGUUGCUUCUUUGGAGUAUGAUGGGCGAUUGACAAAUGUGGCAAAUUUGAUUGUCAAUCAGGGAGCCACUGUCCAAGUAAGACCAAAUGCUCACACAGCCAUCAUGGAAAAUGACACGUAUGUGUCAAUUGGCGACCCAGGUAUCUUUGAAUUUGGUAGUCUCUUGCUUCUUACAGAGUCCACGUUGAAUUUCGCCCCUGACAUGGGUAUGAUAUUCUCUACAAGUGAGCUUCAUGCCAGAUAUGUCUCCACUAUCUCUGCAGAGCACAUUGAGAUACAGUCUUCAAACUUAAACAUUGAGGAGGGGGCUACUCUAACUUCCUCAGCAUCUGAUCGACCUGAUGAUGCAGUAUCAGAAGGAAAAGGACAAGGAAGCUCAGCGUCUGGAAAUAGUGGUGGUGGGGGAGGAGGGCAUGCCAAUAGAGGUGGCGUUGGGUGUGACUCGUCGGCUAAUCCAACUGCACCUGGUGGGGUGUACUAUGGUAGUCUGUACAACGCAACAGAAAGAGGGAGUGAUGGAGGUUCUGGACCAACAAUGCAGGGAGGAAAAGGGGCAGGGUAUAUUAAACUCAAAAUAGCUGGUCGCAUACAGCUGGAUGGUGACAUCAAAGCAGAUGCAUCUACAGCUUCAGCUGGGUCUGGUGGAGGUGGUGGAAGUGGUGGCUCAAUCAGGAUAGAGACUGAGGAACUAGACGGUCAUGGUCUUGUGUCAGCACAAGGAGGUGACGGAGACGGCUCCAGAUCUGGAGGUGGCUCUGGAGGUCGUGUAGCUGUCUUCAUAGAGGGGCUUAAUAACUUUGAAGGAUCUUACAUUGUCAGUGGAGGCUCGGGAGGAAGCGGACAACCAAGACCACAUGGCGAGCCAGGGUCUAUAUACCUCCAGGAGCUUCGUAUGGGUAGACCCUAUGACAAAGUCUUCAUCGACAACUCUGAUAGAUCCUGGGAUCACUACUUCACCUUUGACGAAGAUGACAUGGAUAACUAUGCAUUCGAUGAGAUACAUAUGACAAGAAUGGCCACGCUUCAAAUGCCAGAUGAUCUCAGAAAGAAAAGUUUUACUGUUAAGACACUUGUAGGAGACCUUACUGGUCUACUUCACAUGCAUGCAAACCAUACAUACAUCAUCGACGUUGAGGAAAACAGCAAAACUACCAUCAAAGCUGAGGUUAAUCUGCGCAUUGAUCCUGAUGCCAUCGCUGCCAUGGCAACAACUGUUGACAUCAUUGGUAGAGGGGACCCUGCCCUAUUGUGGAACGGGCAGCUCCUUGGUGUGAGACACCUACGGGUUGCAUAUGAGCGGACAGUGGAGAUUGGUUCUGAGGCACACACAGCUCUGAUGGUCGAUGGGUCUUAUGAAUACAUCGACGACCCGGGAACAUUCAGAUUUGCAAGUCUGGAAUUUGGCGCCCAGUCAUCGGUAGCGUUUCCUCCGCCACUUGGAAUUUCCUUCAACGUGGGAUUUCUAGACAUGAAAUGGAGUUCAUAUUUCAGUGCGGAGUACUUUGAGAUUUUUGCCACGGAUUACUUCCUUGAGCCAGAUGCUGAAUUGAUGUGUUCAGGGAGAGGUCCAGAUGAGGAUGGGCCUGGGACAGGAGCAAGUGGCACAGGGGCAGGUCAUGCCACUGUGGGGGGAGAUGCACCUGCUGGAACACCUGGUGGAACUGUGUAUGGCUCCCUCUAUGAACCGAUUGCUGGAGGCAGUCGUGGUGGGUCAGCCUCCAAUGGUAGUCCAGGCCCUCGGGGCGGUGGCAAGAUCCGUAUCAUUGUGGGUGCAAUCUUGAAUCUUGAUGGACAGAUUUUGACUGAUGGUCUGACCGGGGCGAGUGGAGCUGGAGGAGGAAGUGGUGGUGCAGUGUGGGUGACAGCAGGUCACCUCAGGGGUCACGGUGAGAUAUCUUCAUCCGGUGGACAGGGGCAUCUUACCUCUGGUGGAGGAGCAGGUGGACGAAUUGCAAUCCAUAUCGUGGAGACAGAUGAAUACCGGGGUGCUUUAACUGCCCUUGGAGCAGGUGGCACUAGCGCGGGGAACUACGGUGGGACAGGAACGGUGUUUGUGGAACAGCCGCUGAAUGGGACGUGGUUUACAAGACUCUAUUUGGACAAUCAAAAUGCCGAUCCGCCUAAACCUUUCGUUCUCACGGAACGAAAUCCAAGAACGGUUAGGGAAGAGGGGACAGAGCAUAAUUUCGCUUCCUAUGGGUUUGAUGAGCUGAUGUUACAGCGAAAGAUGGUUUUCCAGAUUGCUGCAAGCAACAGCACACCCAUACCGUCCGUAUCAUGUCAAACAGUCCUUGGUGAUUCGUCAAGUCUUCUGCACGUCCAACCCAACCAGACUUUCUACAUUGAAUACUCCCAGUCUGAUGACCGGCGCUCCGUCCCACCAGUGAACUUCCGCAUAGAGCAAGACGGGGAAAUAUACCUCCCCGCAGAUUUCCGAGUGAUCGGAGAGGACGAUCCACCGUUUGAUCUCGAUGGACGCAUGAGUGGCGUUUAUAAUUUCACAGCAGCGGAUGGAAAAGAGAUCGUCGUCGGACCUCAUGCUAUGAAUGCCCAGGUCAAUAAUGGGUCGUAUGUGGAUGAGCCGAAGCAAGGUGUUCUGAAACUCGGAGUGCUAAGAUUGGAAGCCCAGUCUGUCCUGACCUACCCUUACCACAUGCAGCUUGACGUCAAUGACAUCAUGAUGCGCUACAAGUCCAGGAUCUCAGCCGAGUCUGUCAACAUCCAAGCAACAAAUGUCCACAUAGAGGGUGAAGCAGUGAUUGACACCAGGGGGCGUGGUCCUGUGGCCGAGACUGGUGAAGGGACAGGGACUCGGCUAGAUGGGUCGUCAGUGGGUACUGGAGGAGGUCAUGGUGGUUAUGGUGGAGGUGCUGACAUGCUGAACUACACUUCAGGCAUUCCCUAUGGCUCCUACACUAACUCAUUUCAUACUGGAAGUGGAGGCGGAGGUCUGACAGGUGGCCAGGGUGGCAGUGUAAUCACUCUUCAUGUCGGUCACUCAUUCCACCUGGAUGGGUACCUUCAAAAUAUGGGAGGAGACGCCAGUGGAGGACAUGGUGGUGGAGGUAGUGGCGGCAGUGUUUACAUCACAACAGUCUUGUUUUCUGGACAUGGUGGGAUAUCUGUAGAUGGUGGCAGUGGGUACGGAGAAGGGUUCGGUGGCGCUGGGGGUAGAAUUGCCGUGCAUGUGUCUUGGCUGAGAGAAUACGAAGGUGACUUGACAGCUUACGGUGGGUUGGGUGGCAGCUCACGUCCAAGCAGCAACCCUGGGAAUGCAGCUGGCGGUACGGUGUACUACACGGACACAAACCUGGGCCUGAGGUUCCGCAAGGCCAGUUUUGAUUCACAGAAUGCGACGUUGUGGAUUGACGGGUUCACAAAGCUGUACCUCGACAAUCAGAACAGGAACGAGGUGCUGUCGACCGUAAUUGAAAACGACAAUGGAACUGUGUUUGAAGUUGACGAGAUUGAGAUCCACAACCAUGUCGUCUUGUGGCUGCAUGGGGUGAACUCUGAACUAAUAGCUCAUAAGUUUGUCGGCGAUCGCACUGGGCAGCUACACUUGAGAUUCAAGCAGAAAAUGUACUGUGAGGUUGUCGAAUCUCAGAGGGGAUUCACAAUCGCGCCUGUUAGCUACCGUGUGGACAGUGGCACAGAGAUUGUCUUUCCAUCAACUCUCUUCCUACUUGGGACAAGAACUCGUUUUGAAGGCCUUAUAACUGGAGUGUACAACCUAUUCGUUGCUGAAGGCUCAGUCGCUACCUUCACAUCAACAACCAGGACAGCCCUCCUCGCUAACGGCACUUACGACCUCAUCACACAACCAGGAAAUAUUAGUUUCAGCCAGAUUACCGUGCAGAGACAAUCUCUCCUCGAGUUCCGUGAAAACAAAGAUGACUUGACCAUAACAUCCAGUAGACUGACAAUAAAGUUCAACGGCCUUGUCAACAUGAAUCGAGGAUCCAUUGAAACCGGGGAUUCUACAAUUGAGAGUGAAGGUGUCUUAAAUCUUGAUUUCACAGGAAACGCUGCAGAGAGUGGUCCAGGCAGUGGAUGGACGUCCGAAGAAGGACUUGGUUUUGGUGCUGGUCACGGUGGCUAUGGAGGAGCCCCUGAACCUAUCACUGGUGGAGAACCGUACGGAUCCCUCUAUGAGCCAUUGCACAGUGGCAGUGGUGGUGGCAAUGGUGGAGGGGUCGGAGGCAGUGGCGGAGGAGAGCUGCACUGGCAGAAUGGAGCUCUAAUUACUAUCGAUGGGUUUGUGUACCUCAGGGGUCAGGAUGGAACAGGUGGCAGCGCAGGCGGUGGCAGCGGUGGGAGUGUCCUCUUUGAGACAACAGACUUUGCUGGACAUGGUGAGAUCAAUGUGAACGGUGGCAAUGCAGCAGAGCCAACUAAUGGUCACCAUGGUUUGGGAUUUGGUGGUUCAGGUGGUAGGAUCGGGAUUCACGCUCGCUAUCACUACAAGUUUGCAGGUAGAUUAAGAGCUUUUGGUGGACAUGGGAUAUUGACAAAUUUCGGUGCGGCAGGGACCGUUUACAAAGAAGAAACCGAGCGAGGGCCACAGUAUGCUGAACUUAAAUACAACCCUGAUACAAAUGUGACGUCGGUUGUUGGAGAGCACCGUUAUUUGUUUGUUGAUAACAACGAUCAGCAUGUCCCUUGGAUUUUCACAAUGCUCAUGGAGGGUGAGAGUGACAACUACGAGCUAGAUGAAGCACAUAUCACUCGCCAUGCCAAUAUUCGCCUCUACCAUCCUCUCAAAUCAUCCAAUGUGACUGUGGUUGUCCAUAAGUUCCUUGGAGACCGCACUGGCUUGUUUCAUCUGAGGGAGAACCAAAUCAUAUACGUUGAAGUUGUUGAAUCUCAGACUAAUGAGACUUUUGCUCCUUGUAGUUAUCAAAUCGAUGAAGGAGCAGAGAUUGUCUUUCCUGCCUCGGUUGAUAUCAUCGGAACAAGAUCUUGGUUAGCUGGAAGAAUAACAGGUGUGCACCAUCUUGUUAUUGCUGGAGGAGGCGAUGUUAUAUUUUUCUCCACAGCUCAGACAGCAUUGGUGGAAAAUCAGGAAUACAUUCAUAUCACGGCGAAGGGGAACUUCAGCUUCGCAACUCUCACUGUGGAACGUAACUCUGUUGCCGAGUUCCAGCGAAUAACGCAUCCUAUGAGUAUUGUUGUGAACGAGUUUCGGGUGAAAUAUCAAGGAGCUCUUAUUAUGGAUGAGGUGGAAAUCGACUCUGCAGAUGCCUGGAUUGAAAGCCAGGGCGUGUUCCACAUGGAUGCAAGGGGUUUCACUGGAGAGGCUGGACCAGGGAAAGGUUUAACAACUGACGACGGGAUUGGAAUGGGUGCUGGUCAUGGUGGCCAGGGCGGUGGACCUCCACCAUAUGGUGGUGUGCCAUAUGACUCUGUGUAUAGCCCUCGUGUGAAAGGCAGUGGCGGCGGAAAUGGAACAGGGAUGGGUGGUCCUGGUGGUGGUCUCCUAUGGUGGAAAAUCGGUCAAAAACUGGAACUGAAUGGAGAGCUUCGUCUGAGAGGUGGUGACGGAGUUGGAGGAAAUGCAGGAGGUGGAAGCGGAGGCUCAGCCUUGAUUGAGUUAACCAAUAUGACUGGGCAUGGUGUGAUUGAUAUCAUUGGAGGCCAGGGUGUUGAUAAGGGAGGUGGUGGAUCAGGUGGUAAAGUAGGCAUUCAUUGUCGCUGGCGAUACCAGUACGGUGGACAGUUCCUGGACUAUGGUGGUGGUGGAGGCAAUGGAUAUGGAAAUUCCCAUGGAGGUUCUGCUGGCACAGUCUAUAAAGAGGAAAACUUACGGGAGUUAGAGUAUAGGCAUAAGAAGUAUGAUAAAGUUCACAACACAACAUUCCUGGAUGUAGAUCACAAGUAUGUGCACAUUGACAACAAUGGACGUCCUGUUCCACCAGCUACCUUGAUUUUAGAAGAAAACACCAUCCAGUAUGAACUUGAUGAGAUGGAGCUCAGUGGAGCUGCAAGGCUGCUGUUGUAUCAUCCAGACAAUGCAACCAAAGUAAACCUGACUGUGCAUAGAUUUAUUGGGGACAAGACUGGCCAACUGCAUGUUAGUGUUAACCAGACGGCUUUCAUAGAGGUUGUAGAGUCUGUUACCAACAGGACUGAAGCACCCUGUAGCUUCAUCGUCGAUGAUGGGGCCGAGAUAGUCUUCCCUGCAGAGCUUCACAUUCAUGGCUCAAACAGCACUCUUGGUGGUUUGAUAGUGGGCGUUCACCACCUAUACAUUGAAGACGAUGCUUGGGUUGAGUUUCACUCAACAGCACAAACCGGUCGAAUGGAAAACCGCAUCUAUGUGGAUGUUACGCCACCUGGGAACUUCUCAUUUGGAACAGUUACAAUCAAGAGAGGUGGUCUGGCAGGCUUCAGACGUGUAACUAGUACAAUGAGUUUGGAGUCAAGUGAGCUUCGAGUGGAAUACCAAGGUGCUCUUUAUCUAAAUCGUGGUGAGGUUCACUCAACAUAUGCCUGGAUCGAAAGUGAAGGUGUCUUCCACAUGGAUGGUCAUGGCUUCCCAGCAGAAGAAGGUCAAGGAGCAGGGAAAACAGUAUCUGGGGUUGGUUAUGGAGGGGCACAUGGAGGAGAAGGAGGAGGCAAGAACACAACUCUUGUCAGUCAACCAUAUGGAUCUGUUGUAACAGGCCUUGAGCUUGGAAGUGGUGGAGGAAACGGCCAAGGAAUCGGAGGCAGUGGUGGUGGAUUGCUUCAUUGGAAAAUCAGUCAUCAUUUGGAACUAAAUGGCUUGCUGUCAGCGAAAGGAUCCCCUGGAAUCGGUGGACAUGCGGGUGGAGGGAGCGGCGGGAGCGUGUUCCUUGAAACGACUAAUAUCACAGGUCAUGGAGAAAUGAAUGUCCGAGGUGGAGAUGGUGUUGGGGAAGGAGGUGGCGGUUCUGGUGGAAGAGCUGCUGUGCAUUGUCGCUGGCGCUACACAUACGGAGGGAAGUAUACUGAUCGAGGUGGGAGUGGUGAGGGAAGCUACCUCUUAGACCAUGGUGCAGCAGCAGGGACAGUUUAUGUUGAAGAAAACCUUCGCCCUCUGGAGUAUCGCAUCAGGAAAUAUCAAAAGUCAACCAAUACAACCCUCCUUGAUGUUGACCACAAGUACUUGCACAUAGACAACGAGGGUUUGUUUGUUCCAACCGCCACAGUGGUUAUUGAAGGUGAUACUAACUCAUUUGAGUUCAAUGAGAUGGAACUGACAGGAGCUUCCAGAUUGCUCAUCUACCACCCUCCUAUGCAUCAACACGUGAAUGUAACAGUGCACCGUUUCGUCGGGGACAAGACCGGGCAGUUGCAUCUGAGAGGAGAUCAGGCUGUGUACGUGGAGGUGCUUGAAUCACUGACAAAUAGAACCGAAGCUCCUUGCAGUUAUCUAAUUGACUAUGGGUCGGAGAUUGUCUUGCCAUCAGAGGUGCACAUGCAUGGAACAAGAACAGAGCUUCAUGGGCGUGUAACAGGCAUCCAUAAACUGUACAUUGAGGACGAAGGGGAUGUAAUCUGUUCAUCGACAUCGCAAACGGCUCUGGUGGAAAACCGGGAGUAUGUACAUAUUUCUGAAGAAGGGAACUUUUCAGUUCCGGAGCUUUUCGUAAAACAUGGAGGAGCUAUCACUUUCCAAAGAGUUCUCACCGAUGUCAUCCUCAAUGUGGAUUUCCUUGAAAUCAAAUAUCGGGGAACACUGCUGAUGAAUCAUGGAUUAAUCGAAUCUGACCAUGCCGACUUGGAAAGCGAAGGUAACUUAUUGCUGGACGGAGAAGGUCACGGCAGUAAUCAAGGACCUGGGGCAGGUCAAAUGUCAUCUGAUGGCUUCGGCACUGGUGGCAGUCAUGGAGGAGAAGGAGGUUAUAUGGGCGAGAACAGAACAGGUGUAACGUAUGGAUCUGUAUACACUCCUCUUCAGCAGGGCAGUGGUGGGGGUAGUAGCACCUAUGGCCCAGGAGCUGCUGGAGGUGGAUUGCUCCAUUGGGUAGUCGGAAAGCUAGUGCACAUUAAUGGCUACAUAUCAGCAAGUGGCCAGAACAGUCCAAACAAGAAUGUAGGUGGUGGCAGCGGUGGGAGCAUUCUUCUGGAAGCUACAAAUCUCACUGGUCAUGGAGAGAUUCAUGCAAAUGGUGGGGAAGGAUUGGAAGGCGGUGCAGGUGGUGGUGGUGGGAGGAUAGGCAUCCACAUCAGACACCAGAAUAACUAUGGUGGACUUUUCGUUGCAAAAGGAGGUGCAUGUGGAAACACACACCAGGAACCAUCCAAGGGAAAUGGGGCAGCUGGAACGGUUUAUAAGUAUGAGUCGCGCCGCGGACCCCAGUACAGAGAGCUGAAAUAUUCAGCAAGAAAUGUCUCAGAGUUCAAACCUGACCACUCGAAAUUAAAGAUUGACAACCACAAAAUUGAGGUCGACCAUCCGGCUGUUGUGAUGGAGGAAGGAACGGUCUUCUACCAGUUUGACGAGGUGCAGAUUGAGGGUCACUCCUACCUACACUUUUACCAUCCAAAAGAAGCACGCAAUGUCACUGUUGUGGUCCAUGAGCUCACCGGAAAUAAACGGGGACUGAUCCGUGUGCAGAAACGACAGCGCCUGUUUGUCCACAUCGUAGAGUCAACUCACACUUACCUUGAUGCUCCGUGUGGUUUCCAUGUUGACUGGGGAGGUGAGAUUGUUCUACCUACCACAGUGAUAGCUCGCACGGAGCGGAUCAUCAUAGAAGGACGACUGACGGGUGUUGAAGAGCUCAUUUUGGAACGCAGCAGUGAAAUUAAGUUUAAGGGCAAGGCUCAUACAGCCAUGCUAGCAGAUGAGUCACAGUGGUUCACCGACAAACCCUACAAUGAUCACACCCCAGGUCUUCUGACUGUUCCGUCCCUCUCAGUCAGCAACGCUGGAGUACUGACCCUGUCCAUGGAUCCAACAAUCCCAGUCUUAAACAUCGGAGAACUGAUCGUUAAGAACGGCGGUCAGCUGGUUCUGCAAACUCAGAAGGUAACAGUUGAUGCUGGAACGGUGACAGUGGAAUCGGGUGGAGUUGUGAUGAGUGAUGGAAGUGGAUAUGGGGCUCAAGAGGGACCUGGUGCUGGGAGAAGUGGUACCAAAGGAUCCUCUGGUGGUGGGCAUGGAUCACAAGGUGGUGUUGGUGGCGGUGCAGCUGGUGGCGUGGCAUAUGGCUCCCUCUAUUUCCCACAAGACAUUGGGAGCGGUGGAGGCGGACCUGAGGGUGGAGCUGGAGGAGGAAUGCUUCACAUCAAAGCAGGACAGGAAAUCAUCUGUAAUGGUCGUAUAUCAGCCGACGGACUACCAGGGAUCUACAUCUACCAAUCAUAUCGAGGCAGUGGCAGUGGAGGAAGUCUUGUGAUUGAUGCAGCCAAUCUCAUUGGUCAUGGGACAAUCCACUGUGAUGGGGGGUCUGCCUAUACUGCUAGUGGAUAUGCUAAUGGCGGCGGGAGUGGUGGUCGCAUUGCACUCUACCUCACCAACCUAUACUGCUUCCGAGGCUCAAUGUAUGCCCUUGGUGGAACAGGAGCCACCCAUGGUGGGCCCGGUACUGUGUACAAACGCAUCACACUAGGCGAUACCUCUGAGCAUUUCCUAGAGAUUGAUAACUCUAAUCACCCAUCUGGAGACGGUUGUGAUUUGCCGGUGGUGUUGGAUGAAGCCGGGGACCAAGAGUAUGUUUUCAACGGAGUCAUUCUGAAGAGGAAAGCAUGUGUUACACUAGCACAGACAACAACAUUAACCUACAACUUGACAAUCGAACAUAUGUCUGGAGAUAAAUCCGGCGUCGUUCAUAUUCAAAACCAUCACAAUGUGUACUUUGAACCCCAACAGCAGAGAUCAAGGGCACCUGUUAAUAUAAUCAUUGAAUCUGAAGGCACUUGUAUCCUACCAUCGAAAUUCGUCAUUGUUGCAAAGGUGUAUGUAAGAGGUGCUCUGUAUGGUUUGGAGAAUGCUGUUGUUGAUGGACAGUUGUUUCUGUAUAGAAGUGGAUACUUUGCAUGCAUGAAUUGCACUAUAGGCAGUGAGGAAAGGGGUAAUUACUGGCUGGGCCAACUGACUGUACGCAGAAAUGGACUCCUGUACAUUGUUACCAGCGGAGUGCGUAAUUUGAAUGACGGUGCCACUCGGCUUGUGCUGGCAGAGAGAUUGGAUGUUGACUACAGUGGGACUGUUCAUGUGAACGAUGCGCUUGUGGUGUUUUCCCAAGAUAUGAAGGUUGAAAAAAGUGGUGAGAUAAAGGGAGAUGGGUCGGGAUACGGAGCGGCAAGUGGUCCUGGGGCAGGGUUUACUGGCAAAGGAGGAGCUGGUGCCGGGUAUGGUGGUCGAGGAGGUGGAACAAACGAUUACUCACACGGAGGUGCAGUGUAUGGAAGCCAGUGUCUGCCUACACAUGUCGGCAGUGGGGGUGGAAAUUGUGAUCACGGGCGUGCUGGGGGUAAAGGAGGUGGUGCUAUACAGCUUGUUUCCAGUAGACUCUUGAUCAUGGAGGGUCAGAUUCAUGUUCAGGGCUUGCCCAACAAUGAGGCAGGUGCAGGUGGUGGCAGCGGGGGAUCACUUUGGAUGGAUGGCCUGUUUGUUGAAGGAUGGGGAUACAUGAAUGCCGAUGGUGGAGCUGCUUCUCAUCAUAAUUAUGGAUAUUUGUAUACUCAUUAUGGAGGUGGUGGAGGAGGUGGCCGGGUCAGAACCUUCUCACCAAACAAACCGCAUGCAGUGGUCAUUGGACAGCGUAGAGCCGCUGGUGGUUCUUCUUCAUCCUCCUUUGUCGGUCAAGCAGGGACAUUAUGCGUCUCUGGAGAGCUCUGUAGUGGACACGGGAUGUGGUUAAAUGACACCGAGAUGUGCGACUGUGAGGAUGGCUUUGUUGGUAGCAACUGCCAGGUCCCUUGUUCUGCAGAUACAACUUGCAAUGGUCAAGGGACUUGUGCUGACUUCGGUGGGUGUGACUGCUUCCAGGGCUUUGUGGGGUAUCGCUGUGAGCAUCAGUGCGACCGAAACACCACCUGCAGCGGCAGUGGUGAAUGUACCCCGCAUGGCGAUUGCAUCUGCGACCUGUGUCACCACGAGUUGGACUGCUCAGAGAUGUGCAAUGGGAACGGGACUUGCAGUGCUGGUGUUUGUGAGUGUGACUCGUGUUACAUUGGUGAGCACUGCCAUUCCUUAUGUAACCAUCACGGCGUGUGCAGUGCAAAUGGGACGUGUGAGUGUGAGGAGAGUUGGCGAGGGGAUUUCUGCACAGUUGCUGGCUGUCCAGGUGAGGAUGAGGACUGUUCAGGUAACGGGAUAUGCAAUGCCGCUGUCCACCAGUGUUACUGUGAGCCAUGGUGGAAGGGCCCAGGUUGCUCCCUGCCUGAUUGUCCAGGAGAACCAAACUGUUUUGACAGGGGAAUUUGUAACACAACCUUCCUACCCCCAGAGUGCAAAAAUUGUUCAGAUGGCUGGAUGGGUGCAGAUUGUAACGAGACAUGUUUACAUGGAGAUCAGAUUCCAAUGGAUAGUGGGAUUUGUGUGUGCGACCCCUGCUGGUCUGCGAAGGGGUGCAAUAUUGAAUGCACUGGACAUGGUGUGUGUGGUUCAGACAAUGUCACCUGUGACUGUGAUCCAUUUGAGGGAUGGCGAGGAGAGGUCUGUGAGAUACCAGGUUGUCCUGGAUUUGGGGAAGACUGCACCGGACAUGGUGACUGUAACAGCGCAACCCAUGAGUGCACUUGCUUUCCUGGUUGGACUGGCCUGGCUUGUCACAUCCCAGACUGCCCAGGUGAACCUGAUUGUUCAGAUCGCGGGUUUUGUAAUGCCACCUUUGACACUCCGAUUUGCCUGAACUGCUCACUUGGUUGGAUGGGUCCAGCAUGUGCUGACCCCUGCGUAAAUGGCGUUCAGGAACCCAUGGACAGUGGCUAUUGCAACUGUUCAGCAGGAUGGAGUGGUGUUGGAUGUGACUCGGAGUGCUCGGAGCAUGGAGUGAUUGUCGACAGCGCUUGCAUAUGUGACUAUGCUACUGGCUGGAAGGGUGAGCUGUGUGACAUACCGGGAUGUCCUGGUAAAUAUAAUCUCGACUGCUCUGGGCGGGGAGAUUGCGACAGCUCCUUGCAUAAAUGCACCUGCAAUGAAGGCUGGAUGGAUUUGGGAUGUGAGAUUCCUGACUGCCCUGGGAGCCCUGACUGUGCCAACCGUGGACAUUGCAAUGAGACCUUUGAUCCACCAGUCUGCACAAACUGCAGUAAAGGAUGGAUGGGACCUGCUUGUGAAGACCCCUGCGUCAAUGGCGAACAGUCACCGAUGGACAGUGGCUUCUGCAACUGCACCAGAGGAUGGGCUGGAGUCGGCUGUGAUGCAGAGUGCUCCUUGCAUGGUAAAAUAAUCAAUGGUGUUUGUGAUUGUGACCCAAUCUGGACCGGUGACCUCUGCGAUAUUCCUACUUGCCCAGGCCUUUACGACCUCCCUUGUAGUGGAAGAGGGGAGUGCAACAGUGCUACACAUGAAUGUACAUGCACGAGUGGCUGGACUGGAGAAGGAUGUGAACUUCCAGAUUGCCCGGGUCGGCCUGAUUGCUUUGAGCGUGGCUACUGCAAUGAGACGUAUGAUCCACCACUCUGUACUGACUGUAUUAAAGGCUGGAUGGGAGUAGACUGUAAUGAACCAUGUGUACAAGGCAUCCAGGAGCCGAUGGAUAGUGGGGUGUGUGUCUGCGAGCCAUGCUACUCUGGAAAGGGCUGCGAUAGUGAAUGCACGGGCCACGGAAAAUGCCAAGACGACCAAUGUGUAUGUGAUCCUGGUUGGCACGAAGUAGUGUGCCAGAGACCCGGGUGUCCUGGGGUGGGUGUGGACUGCACAGGUCAUGGUGAUUGUAACAGCGCCUUGCAUCUUUGCUUCUGCUUCCCUGGAUGGAGCGGUGAUGGUUGUGAUGUGCCAGACUGUCCUGGUGAGCCGGAUUGCUCAGGACGUGGCUUCUGCAACUCGACUGAUCGCGAGACUCCGGUUUGCACCGACUGCAUCUACGGAUGGAUGGGACCGGAAUGUGACAAUCCAUGUUCACAUGGGGUCCAAGUUCCGAAGGACAGCGGCUUCUGCGAGUGUGAACCGUGCUGGACAGGUGCAGGAUGCAACAGUGAAUGUUCCGGAAAUGGAGUCUGUGACGAGACAGGUCAGCACUGCCUGUGCUUUAAUAAUGAAAAUGAGGCAUACUUGGGUGAAAAGUGUGAAACUGUUGGCUGUCCUGGUGUUGAUGGUGCCUGUAACCUGAAAGGAACAUGCAACACUGUCACUCAGGAAUGUACCUGCUACCCAGGUUGGACUGGUUCUGAUUGCACUAUCCCGGACUGUCCUGGAAUUCCAAGCUGCUCAGGACAUGGUGAUUGUGUACAAGAAACACCCAGGCGCUGUCACUGUGAGGCAAAUUGGGCUGGCGAGAUCUGCGAUGUACCCUGCGAGUUCGGCUACAAUUAUGGUGACCAGCGUGGCUGUGUUUGCGACAGCUGCUACACCGGGGUGGGAUGUAGCAAAGUGUGUUCCGACAACGGUGUGUGUGAGAAUGACACUUGCGUAUGCGACUUUGAUUCGGGAUAUCGUGGUGAUGGAUGUCAAACCCCAGGAUGCCCCGGUGUGUCUGUAGACUGUAGCAACCACGGAACCUGCAAUACAGCAACGUUUGACUGUCUGUGUGAUCCAGGAUGGAAAGGGAUUGGAUGUCAUCUGCCGGACUGCCCUGGGAAUCCCGACUGUAAUGGGCACGGCGAUUGCCCCAUCCCACCUGAUGGUGAGGACCCAAAGUGUACUAACUGUGACGAUACUUACAUGGGAGACGGAUGUGAACUUCGCUGCAUCUCGGGCAUGCCACAACAGAUCAACGGCACCUGGGAGUGCAUAUGCGAACCAUGCUACGCAGGGCUGGCAUGUGAAAAAUACUGCAACGACAAGAGUACAUUUUGUUUGAAUGGCGUCUGCGACUGCGGUUUCGACGGGUGGCGUGGAGACACAUGCACCUUGCCAGGUUGCCCCGGGUUCGGCGAAGACUGCACUGGUCAUGGAGAAUGCAACCGAGCAAGUGGAAGAUGCUACUGCACUAGUGGCUGGCAGGGUGUUGGUUGUCACGAGCCAGACUGUCCUGGUACCCCGGAUUGCUUUGGAAAAGGAGAUUGUGUCCCUGAGGAACCGGUUCCAGUGUGUCGUCACUGUGAUAACAAAUGGAUUGGAGAAGAUUGCAAUUUCUUCUGCGACAACGGAAGAGAGACCCCACCAAACUCGGGCUUCUGCAAAUGUUAUCCGUGCUACCAUGGCCCGCACUGCGACAUCCUGUGCUCAGAUUUUGGCAAGUGUACCCCAGACGGGUUGUGUUUCUGUGGUUUUGAAGGGGGAAGAGGAGAGUACUGCGACCAACCUGGUUGUCCUGGCUUGUUUAACACCGACUGCUCCGGGCGUGGCACCUGUCUCUUUGAUACGUGUGUCUGUAGAGAAGGAUGGAUCGGGCUGGGUUGUGAGACUCCAGACUGCCCCGGUGAACCAGAUUGCAAUGACCGCGGCAACUGUAUUGAAGUUAUGCCAAUCCCAGAAUGCCGCAGUUGCAUCGCUGGCUGGAUGGGAGAAGCGUGCGAUAUACCAUGCGGACCAGAUCACGGAUACCAGUAUCCAAUGGACAGCGGCGUAUGUUUGUGCACCAGUGGCUGUUGGCACGGGCAAGGCUGCCAGGAAGAAUGCAGCGGAUAUGGCACCUGCGCAAACGAUAAAUGCCAGUGUGGUAACGAUGACGGAUACAAUUCUGGAAAGUGGGGAACCUUCUGUGAGAUUAAAGACUGCCCUGGAGUUGACGAGCCUUGCUCUGGUCAUGGGUUUUGCACGGUGUACUUUAAAUGUUUGUGCGACGAUGGAUGGUUAGGGGACGGGUGUCACAUACCAAACUGUCCUGGUGAACCGGACUGUAACAAAAAUGGCGUCUGCGAUGGGACGGGGGAUAUACCGCUGUGCUUGUGCGAUCGGUUCUGGAUCGGAGACGCCUGUGAGUUGUCUUGCGUCAAUGGAACUGCGCUGAAUGAUGGAAGCUGUGCAUGUGAUCCCUGUUUCAUCGGGCCAGGUUGCGACAGAGAAUGCGGUGGGCAUGGGCUCUGUGGGGAUGAUGUGUGUUUGUGUGACUCUGCAUGGUGGGGUCCACUGUGUACAUUUCAAGGGUGCCCAGGUGUGGGGACAAACUGCACAGGACAUGGACAUUGCAAUGUCUUUGACCAGGAAUGCUACUGCAAGAGCGGAUGGAAAGGUUUAGGUUGUCAGAUACCAGACUGUCCUGGUACACCAGACUGCAGUCAGAGAGGAACAUGCGAUGGAGACAACUUUGACCCGCCCCAGUGCGUCGAUUGCAACCAAGGCUGGAUGGGUGAAGUCUGUGAGAUACCAUGCACCAAUGGUGAGCAAGAUCCACCCAACAGCGCCUUCUGUAAAUGCUACGGCUGUUACACGGGCACCAGCUGUGAUGUUGAAUGUUCAGAGCAUGGAAGUUGUAAUGGAUUCAAUUGCGUCUGUCAGGAAGGAUAUAAAGGUGAAUACUGCGAGCAGCUUGACUGUCCCGGUGAGCCAGAUUGCAGUAACUAUGGAACGUGUGUCCGUCGAGACGGCCGCUCUGUAUGUCUUUGUAAUCCUGGCUUCACUAGCGAUGAUUGCAGCCAGAUAUACUGCGCUGGAGAGCCUGAGUGCAGUAAUAGAGGGAACUGCACCCUUACAAGUUCAUCCCCCCAGUGUGUCUGCUUUCAUGGCUUGGAUGGAGAGUCUUGUGAGCAAUGCCUGCCUCGCUUCGACGGCGACCAAUGUCAAGAAUGCUCCGAGGGUUACAUCGGCUGGAACACCAACUGUGCCAUCCUCUGCCUGAAUGGUUACGCAACGGAGGAAGGGGGAAGCGAGUGCGAAUGCUACGUGGACCCUGAACACGGACACUGGACCGGCGCUAGCUGUGAUGAGUGUAUCGAAGGGUGGUCCUUGCCGGAUUGUCGGUCCUGUCUUGGAGGGUUCGUUGGCUUGGGUCACUGCUUCAGCUGUAUGAGCGGUCAUGGUGGUUACCGCGAUCCAGACGAUGGUGAUGGAGGUAGCGAUAUACUCGUUCCACUCCUAGAGUGUGUGUCACCCGAGGUCAACGGGACGGGUUACAUCGCAUGGUUCGGCUACAGGAACGAGAACCCCCACAAUGUGUACUUGCCGAUCGGUCCGGAUAACCGUUUCGCGGUGUCAUCUAUCGUCCAGGGUAGCGUGGCUGGAGAGAGCUUAGGGCAGCCAACGAAAUUCAAACCUGGAAACCACACUAAUGUUUUCAGUCUGAGACUCUCAACCGCUGAAGACAAAGCAACUUGGUACCUGGCAUACUCCUUGUCCAACAGAAGAUUCCAAGUCGAAGCGUCUGCCAGCUUCCUAAUCCCCUGCACUGGAGACGAGAUUCAGGAAAACGAGAGAAUAAAUGCCAAUGAAACUGAUCCUGGAUAUUGUCAAUGCAACCACGGCUACUGGGGACCAAGCUGUGAAUUUGAAUGCAUCGGUGGAGCUGAAACCCCUUGCUUUGGCAAUGGUGUCUGCGACCCAACCUCCGGAAACUGCACAUGCAAAGCUGGGCUGCAUCAGAGUGAGGACUGCAGGACUUGUGCAGAGGGGUGGAUAGGUGAAGACUGCUCUGUUGGACUUAUCCAGAUACCGAAUGAAAACGAUGGGUAUCAUUAUGGCACAGCAUAUGGCAGGGGACACUUCACUACUUUUGACGGGGCGUCUUACAAGUACUACGGUUCGGGUCAAAACCAGUUGUUUAAGAGCCAUGACGCAGAUGCUCAGGUAAGAAUGGUGCCAUGUGAGUCUGACUCCCAAGCUACGUGCAUCAAUGCUUUUGCAAUAGAGCUUAACCAGGAGAAGGUUGUUACCAUACAUGGGGGUUACACAACUGAGGAAAAUAGUGGGUACGUCUGGAUCGACGGAGAAGAGUUCAAGCCAGGAUUUGGUAUCAAGAUAACUUCAAGAUGUUGGUUGACAAGAGAAGCUCACGACCACUACCAGUUGUACAUACCUGGAGAAUUGUACGUGAAUGUUCACAUCCGAGGGAGGUACUUGGAUGUUAGAGUUGAAAUCACACGUACAUCCUGUCAGUUAAUGCAAGGUUUGUUGGGUGCUUGCAACUCAAAUCAGCUGGACGAUUUCGUUACAAGUGAAGGUCAAGUCCUCAUGGGUGGUGAGAAUGCAACAGUUAUCCUUAACCAGUACAACAUCCACAAUAUCUUUGGACAUAGCUGGAAAGUGGCUUCAAACUCUACCUUAUUCGUCUAUGAAUUCGGACAGUACAAGGAAAUUCAAGAUAUUGAGAACUCAGGAGCAACUUACUGUCUGUUGUUUGAUCACUCAAGUGCAGAGUCGGUUGAGUUGAACACUUUCUCUGACUCGGAUGUGACAUUUGAGUUUGAUCUGAAACUGGCACCAGGUGAAACAGACUGUGGUACAAUCCUGUCUUACGUUCUGAAACAGACUUUUGCUGUUGCGUACUGCGACACGCACUUCAGCAUGCAGUAUGGCACCCAGGCUUAUUCAACCAACUUUGGUAUCUCCAGGGACGUUUGGUACCGAGUUGCCCUAGUCUGGCAGAAGUCUACCAAUUUACUGCAGAUCUACUGUUUUGAUCCUGCUGGUGAUCUUCAGACCCAACUUUUCAACUUCGGGACGCCAGAUGUUCUCUCUCCUGGAGGGAAGCUUGUGCUUGGAUCGUGGUAUCCUCCACCAGGAUUCUCAGGACAGCCUCCCCAGAGUGGCUUUGUCGGUCAGCUUGAUGAAAUAAAGAUCUGGAAAGCAUUAUUCCAGCAGUCAGAGCUCAAGGAAAGAAUUGGAACUGCAGCCAGCACUGAUGUCGCCCAACUUGCCAGUUACUGGAAACUCAACGAGGGUCAGGGGUCGGAAUUUCAUGAUGCUGUGUCCUCGGGUGAUUUCACAAUGCAGGUGAAGCCAUGGAGUGCACCACAAUGGAUGUUUUCUUCGGCGACUGUUAAAAGUGAGCAAAAUGUUAGGGACUUAUAUGCUCUACCAAGUAGUGAUGAUUCAGAUUGGAAGAGAGCAGAAGAAGCUUGUGAAGACUUCAUCAUGUCACCAUCAUUCAGUGAAUGCAGUCGGAUGGGAUUAGCGGACUACUACCACUUGAUGUGUACUCUUGAUUAUGUGCUCAGCAAGAACCCGGACACUGUCAUGGAAGUUGUGCUUGCCUUUGCUGACCAAUGUAAGCAUACAGUAGGUGAGGUAUCGUACCCGGCGAAGCCAUUCUGCAAUGACUUUCCUACAAGAAAGUUUCCACAGUGGAUUGGGGCUGACUGUGGUACAUCUUGUUUAUCAGGGUAUCCAGUGACCAUGCCAGACUUGAACAUCACAUGUAAAUGCUAUCCAGGCUACUGGGGAAAUGAAUGUGCUGAUCAGUGCGACGGUGGAGCUGGUUACCCCUGUGGAGACAAUGGUGUGUGCCUUGAAUCAAAUGGCAUGUGUGAAUGCCCAGUGUACUUAACAACUCAGUCGGACUGCAGCACUUGUGAGGAGGGGUGGUAUGGAAUUGACUGCACCACCACUGGCUCUGAGCAAGCUGCUAUGGGCAAAACUGCUGUGGCAUCAUUUUUUACCUACGGACAUUACUUGAUGUUUGAUGGAACAGCAUACAAUAUGGAAGCCCAAGGAGAGUUCACUUUUUCAAGCACCUCAGAUAUGUCAGUUUAUGUUCGACAAGUUCCUUGUGAAGAGGGUGUUGUGUGCAUCACCAACCUCUGGAUGCGGUUGUACCCAUCGAGUAGACGUAGAAAGCGAGAGGCUUUAAGCGGGCUUGAUUUGAGCUUUAGGGUGCCUUUUGAGCCAGGAACUGACCAUCUUGUUUUUAUUGCUGGAGAGGUGUUGAUCUACGAACAGCCAAUUCGUUUUUCCACAGGGCACACUCUUACCAAGACAUCACCGACUACAUACAUCAUAGCUAAAGAAGGGGCGAGCGAGGUAACCAUACUAAUCCAAGACCGAUACAUCAACUUGCAGCUGGUUGUUCCACAAGACCUUUGCCAAAACACAGAAGGCACUUUCGCUGGAAGCUGCGACAACAACACGGACAACAACUUCCAAGUCGAACCGGACAGCUUUGUUUCACUUGCAAACAUCACAUAUGAUAUCAUCAAUGGACCAUUUGCAGCAUUCUGUACUAUUCCCGUAUCGGAGCUUGCACAGUUUGUAUACGAGUAUGAAGAAUACAAAGAAACCCGUGAAAUCAAACCAUCGGGCAAUGCACUGUUUUUCAAUAGUACAGCUUGCAUCAGUGAGCCUUUUGUAAAUAUCUUUGAGACCGCGUCCGACAUCACCAUAGAAUUCAUCCUUCGAGGGGAAGACCCUACUACCCAAGGAGGUACCCUGGUUUCAUACCUCAGUGAACACUCUUUCGCCAUCACAAAUGAUAAUUCACUCAAGGUGCAUUAUGCUGACGUCAUCUUUGACACAGGAAUCGUAACAGAAACUCAAGAAUGGGGAUUCGUAUCCUUCAUGUAUUACCAUACCCAAGGACACUGCACCCUGUAUUACAUCAACCAUGCUGGAGGCCUGCAGAGCUCAUCAUUUGAAAUCAGCAGCCACAUUUUCAAAACUGGUGGAACACUUGCAUUGGGUCGAUGGCAACCAGGUCGUGACCCUUCUAUGCAACAACCUCCAUUGACAGAGUUUGUCGGUUACAUGGAUGAGUUAAGGAUCUGGGAACGCACCUUUGAUAUACUGACUGUAUGGCAGAGUUCAGCAUUAAAUGCACAGCCUGAUGCACCUGGCCUAGCUGCUUUAUGGAAGAUGUCUGCAGGACAUGGAAUCAUUGUGGAAGAUCUCAUCCACAAAAAUAACCUGUACAUACUUGAAGUAGGGGGUCCUGUUUGGUCACUAGCAGGUGCACCGUUGGAUCCUGCACCGAGCCCCAGUGGUUACGACUUUGUUGGAAAGGUUUACAAUAAGUUCAGUAGUGACAAAGACAGGCUAGCUGCUGAAGAACAAUGCCAGGCGCUGUUUUUAGAAAGUCCCGUUGCUGUGGAAUGUCAAGCUCUUGGGCCAGCACUUGGGGCCUACUUCUACCAGGCCUGCUUAAUGGAUUAUGUUGUCGACAAGGGACUGUCUUCUGCAGCACCAUCAAUUGAAGCAUUCUCAUCGUACUGCAAAGUUGCUCUUAACCUAUCCUCCUACCCACUAGAUAACCUCUGCAAGAACAUCAGUGAUUCCAUCAAGUUUGUUGAACUUGAGUGUGAAAAGAAGGAGUGCGUUUUCGGAACAGUCGAUGCGAACAAAUGCACCUGCGAUGAGGCACACUGGGGGGACACCUGCGCCUUGCCAUGCCCCGGUGGAUUGUCUUCACCUUGUAAUCUACAUGGAAUGUGUGUCCAGGAAACAGGGCUGUGCAGCUGUGAAACCACUUGGUCAGAAGCAAGUAACUGCACCGAGUGCAGAUCAGGAUGGACUGGGUCUGAGUGUUUAACAAGUGAAAUCGACAACGAACCAAAUGCAACAGCGCCAAUUUGUAACAUGUUUGGGCAGGGGCAUCUUGUCAAUUAUGACGGUAUCCAAUUUGACUUCAAAGAGUUUGGUGAGUUUUACAUCACCAAAGACCCAUCAACAGACUUUGCAAUCCAGGUCAGGAUACUCCCUUGUUAUAAUCGGUCCUCCUGUGUUGCAGCCUUUGCUAUACAGUACAACGGAGAGACUAUUGUUGUGAGGACUGAUUAUACAAGAGACAGCCUUGUUCUUCUAUGGCACAAUGAACAGAGAAUCUCAUACAAUGACCUGUCUGUUGGUGUAGGAAAUUUCAUCUUGGAGCAUACGUCAUCAUUGGACUACUCUCUGAAGAGUGGGUCAAGUUUACAUAUCAGGUUCCGGGUCAUCGAACGUUCGCUGAACCUGCUAAUGCUGAUACCCUCAACAUACUGCGACCAAUCAGAGGGCAUCUGUGGCUCAUGUGACGCAAAUUCGAUGAAUGAUAUCACAGAUAUUGAUAACAUCAAGGACAACAACCUUGUACAGCCAAGUGACAGCUUGUUCAUACCAUUAUUCGGGAAAGGUGGACACUAUGAAGAAAGAGACCCAACUGGGGCUGAGUUCUGUCUACAUCUUGACGGUAGCUACCUCUCAUCGGACGUUCUGAAUUAUGUCUUCACUGAAGCAACUGACAUAACCAUCGAGUUCCUGAUCAAAGUCCAGGAUGACCAAGGAAUCAUUCUCUCAUUCAGCACAAUAUCAUCCUUUACCAUCUUCGUCCAUCUUGGAACCAUCCGUGUGUCAAUGGUUGGAGAAAGCUUUGAUACAGCUCUCGUUCCUGAAAUCAAUCUUUGGAAUCAAGUCUCGGUAGUUUGGAAACGCACACUCCACAGGAUAGAGGUAUACCUUGUGGACUCACAUGGUAGCAUUCUCCAAGCAGCAUAUACAUUCAGCACAGGCAUUGAUCUCUUUAUACCAGGUGGUAGGCUGGUAAUUGGGGGAUGGCAGCCAGGUACAGACAACACCUCUCCUCCUCCAGUGUCUAAAUCUCUCAUCUGCAGUUUUGACGAACUAAGGAUCUGGCACAAGGCACUGACUGUAUUUGAUAUCCAGUUCUAUCAAGGCAUGAACAUACAACCAGGACUUAAACAUAUUUUUGGCUUGUGGAAGUUCAAUGAGGGGGAAGGUGAGGUAGUGUUUGAUCUGAUCCAUCAUGCACAUUUUCAUUUCACAACUGAAGCCUGGAUACAACGCUUGCCAACAUGGAGGUUCUCUUACGCCAAGUUACAUCUCCUACCACCACUUUACACCUACGAUUUCCUUGAUGUGGAGUUUCAACUACAUGUCAGAAGCAUAUGCGUGGAAGUUAUUCAAUCAUCGUCACUAACCAGCAAAUGUAGAGCUCUCGACGCCUCAAAUUUUGAGUACUAUCUGGUGUCUUGCAUAAGGGACUAUGGUCUAUCAGGAAGUCAGUAUGCAGCUCUCUCUGCAUCCCUUGCCAUUGCAGAUUUCUGUUCAGUUCGUUUGGAUAUCCCUGAAGACUCAUGGCCAGCAAGGUGGCUCUGUAACUACUUCCAAGGAAUCCCCUUCCCCACCUGGUUCGGACAAUCAUGCGAUAGUCAAUGCUUCUUUCCAAGCAGCAUCAACUCACCAACUGAGCAAUGUCUCUGUUCAGCGGGUUACUGGGGAAGCAGCUGCAACUCCAUAUGUCCAGGCGGAUUUCUGUCAAAAUGCGGAGGCCAUGGAUCCUGCCUACAAGAGUCUGGGCUUUGCCGAUGUGAUACAAACUGGAAUGGUGAUACUGAAUGUGAGACCUGCUCAGCAGGGUGGAAGGGUGAAGACUGCUUCUUACCUGUUAUCGAGAAACCUGCUGUCACAGUCAUCCAUCGCUGCUCUGUCUUCAGCAGCGGCUUUUACACUCUGUUUGACGGGGCAAGUGUGGUAUUCACUGAUAUUGGCGACUACACAUUAUAUGAAAGUGACCAGAUGACUUUGCAGGUUCGGCAAACACCUUGCCAAAACAAGAAGGCAUGUAUCACUGCUAUUGCCCUCAAGGUCGGCGAUGACAUUCUUGUCAUCAAUGCUCCAUCAGCUGUAACAAAUGAACCUCUGGUAAUACUGAACAAUCAAACUAUCACACUUGGCUUGAGUAUAACAUUUGGGCCAUUGGUUCAGUUUGCGCUAGAAAGAGUCGAGCUUGGAAGAUUUGACAUCACUGGUCCGAAUAAUUUCCAUCUUAUUCUCCAUAUGUCGGACAUCUACAUCAACAUUGAACUUGACAUUCAUCAGACAGCGUGUGUAGGAGUCCUAGGUUUAUGUGGCCCCUGUGUUUCAACAGAAGCCCCCUGUACAGCCAACGACAACGAUCCCAUCUGCGCCCUGCGCCAUCUUGGCUUGGCCACUUAUGAAACUCGCUUCACCCUGACUUACUCAUUAACAUACCAAUUUUGUGCGGUGUAUCAACUCCAAACAUCAACAAGCAUACUGUAUGAAGCAUUCCACGGACGUGUCUUUUCAGGUUACCCUGUAGUUUCCUACCCAUCCCCUGCAGGGUUUGGGCUGUUCUUUGAUAACUCAGGCAUCGUGUCAACCCCUAUCCCUGUUAAGAUCCUAACCACAGACCACAUCACCGUGCAGUUCUAUGUUCAGUGUACAGGAAUGGCAACAGGAACUGUACUAUCAUUCACUCAUCAAGCAACAUUUGCUGUGACAAUAUUGGAUGGGAAGUUUCAUCUACAUUAUGGUAGUCUAGUUAUAGACACAGAAAUAUUUGUGGUUGUCGAUGAAUGGCUUCAGAUCUCUUUAGUUUACAAUCAGAUCUCUGGUAGAAUUGAUUUCUACUGUGUGGACACAGCAAGAGUUGUACAAUAUCGGUACUUCAUAGUUGGAACAGGAGUGUUCACACCAGGGUGUACAAUGGGAAUAGGAACCUGGCAGCUACCUAACGAUGGGUCCAGCCUAUCUCCAGGUGGUACAUUUGUUGGCUAUGUCGACACCAUCUGCUUCUGGGGCAGACCCUUCUCACCAACUGAUGUGAUAAAUAGCUGGGGAUCACCUGGACUUCGCUUUGACUCUACGGUGGUCGCACUGUGGCCGCUAGACUUUGGUCUUGGCUCCGUUGGAUAUGAUGUCAUCUCAAAUAUCAAUCUCUUGUUCCCAGUCGACUUCUCUAUCUCUCCCACAUGGUGGUCCUCAAGUGCCCCUGUCGCUCACAUCUCAACUGACCUAGACUUUACCAUAACUGUAACCUUUUCAACCCCAGAGCUCAAAGAUGAAGCAGAAAGACUGUGCACCAAACUGAUCUACUCUGGUCCAAUACAAGAUGCGUGUGGAACCCUCGUAACCAGUGCUCAGUACUACUACAUAGCCUGCUUAACUGAUAUUUCAUCUACAUCCCAGUCACUGAAAUGCAAGGACUCGGUUUUAGCGUUUGCAACUGAAUGCCAAACGGUCUUAGAGUUAGACAACUGGCCAGCACAACUUCUAUGCAAUGAUUUCCGAGAUGAAACAUUCCCAGUCUGGGCCGGACCCAAUUGUACAGAACAGUGUGUCUUUGGUACUUUCACUACCACAUGUGUCUGCUUGUACGGUUAUUGGGGUGCAGAGUGUGACAAAAUCUGUCCAGGUGGGGGACCACAAGACCCUUGCCACGGGAAUGGCGUCUGCGAUGUAGAGAUCGGGACAUGUACCUGCUUUGGCAACUGGAAGGGUGAUGAGGUGUGCGGGACCUGCUCUCCAGGGUGGACCGGAGCCGAUUGUUCCCUGCUUGUCUCAGACUUGCCACCGGGAAGCACUGAAGUCUCUUGCUCCAUGAGGUCAAAGGAAAUUACAAACUUUGCUGGUCUGAGCUUCGAUGUACCGGAUGUUGGGAUCUAUCAACUGACAAAACUUGGAAAUGUUGAAAUUCAGGUUGGUCAGUUGGUUUGCUCACCAGAAUCUGUAUGUCUGAAUGGGCUUGCAGUCUCCUUUUCCGAUUUCAACAUUACCAUCAGACACAAUGCUGCCAAUUACAUAACAGUCGUCCACGUCAACGGGGACGUAACUGUUCCAGACGAGCCGAUCGUCUUGACCGAUGAAGAUGGAGACACUUUCACAUUGAUCAAAACAUCAUCAAAGUCAUACGAGAUCAGAACGAAAAGCCUUAACAUGUAUGUGCAUGUUAACGUCAUGGAGAGGUAUAUAAUCGCUGAUGUUGAGGUACCAACUUCAAAGUGCUGUCUCAGUCCUGUUCUGGGUUUGUGCGGACCAUGCCAAGGGUGUGGCAAUGAUUCACCCUCAGAAGAAUCUGUUAUUCCAGAGCCCACUGAUGGACGAGAUGACAUAAGGCUUAAAAUACAACGAGUUCAAGUCAAUGACGGCACAGCAGGCAUUUUCAAUAGUGAUGGGACAAGCUACCCAACCAACCCAUAUGCUGGGUACUGCCUCGCAUUUAGAGACUCAGCUGUCAUCCUAGAAGAAGUGCACCUAUCGCAAACACAGUACACUUGCGUGGAAUUCUUCAUUAAGACUUGCCCGAAAGGAUGCGGUGGCACAUUCUUCUCCUACGCCACAUCUAAGACAUUCUACCUCUCGACGGUUCAUAAGUACAUCUCAAUUCACUACGGUAAUAUCAACAUUACCACCGAUCUAUAUUUGGGCAUCGACGUCUGGAACCUUGUCUCCCUAAUAUGGGAUAGUCACUCAUAUGCACUGGAUGUUUACAUUUUUGAUGUAGAGGGGCUGCCUGUAAAGCGUACAUUCUCCUUCGAAGCGGAUAUUUUCUCAUCUGGUGGCGGUCUCUGCUUGGGGGCGUGGCAGCCAGGAUAUGAUGGGACAGGACUCGAACCAGAGGGUGCUUUUGUUGGAAUCAUUGAUGACCUGCGUGUAUGGGACAGUUUCUUUGACAGUAAUGCCAUCCAGAGCCACUGGAGUAUGGAUGUAGCAGCAUCAGCUCCAGGUCUACAGAACCAAUGGAAGUUUGAUGAAGGGGCAGGAAAGCUGACCUACGAUGCAGUGUCAGGUCUCCCACUCAUCCUCACAAACUCAUCUUAUCCGGCUCCAGAGUGGCAGCCUUCUGAUGCCCCUAUACCUGCACCGUUUGAUGGCAGCAGGGGUGGAGGAGGAAGUGAUGGAUCGGGAGGAGGCGGUGGAGGAGGGGGAGGAGGUUCAGGAGGGGGAGGUAGUGGAGGAGGGGGGAGUGGCGGGGAUGGAUCUGGAUCAGGUAGUGGUGUAGGAGCUAAUGGAAUAGGAGGAGGAGUGGCACCAUCUGUGCCUGACUGGCUGGAUGACUUCUGCAAGGGAAUCACCCUUUCAGGACCACUAGCAAACUCCUGCCCGAUUGGUGAUGCUGCACAACAAUUCUACUACCAAGCCUGUCUCGAAGCUGUAGCAACAACCAACACUGUAGAGCCAGCUGUUGAGCCAAUCAUAGAAUAUGCUGAUUACUGUCAGGUGGCUCUUGGAUUACCAGACUGGCCAGCACAGCCCCUUUGCAAUGAGUUUGGGGAUGCAGCGUUCCCCCUCUGGAUUGGGAACAGCUGUGAUAUUCUGUGCGCAUUUGGAUCACGCCAUCCGGACGAUAUAAACAUCUGUGUGUGUGAUGUUGGUUUCUGGAGUGUCAACUGCAACGAGGUCUGCCCGGGUGGGUCAAUCAAUCCAUGCAGUAGUCAUGGAGAAUGUGAUGCUCUAAGCGGAACAUGUACAUGCUUGCCAAACUGGCAAGGCAAGAGUGACUGUAGUCUCUGUACAUCUGGCUGGAUUGGCACAGACUGCUCCGCUGUUGCUAUUCAAAAUCUCAACGUCCAUGUGCAUGUUUCCGUCAUCAUUGGCAUCUCACAAAUUACAACCUUGAGUGGGGUCACGUUCCUUCACAACUCAGUGGGACAGUAUCACCUCCUUCGAGUUGCAGACAACUCACUCAUCAUCCAGGCCAAAUAUAUACGUUGCUACGCCAGCUAUUCCUGCAUCAAGUAUAUUGGGCUCCGAUUUGGAGACCCAUCUGUUGGGUUUGCCCACGUGACAAUUGGAGGGUCUAGCAUCUCCGGAGGACAUUUCAUUAUUUAUGUCAAUGGCCAGACCGUCUCGAUUGAUCGGAAAUAUGAGUUUGGCCAAUCAGGGUAUGUCUUCACUCGUUUGUCAUACUUUGAGCUUCUCAUCACAGGACCAAGUGACUUUAAGAUGAUCGUCAGAGCUGAUGGCAAAUAUCUAUCCCUGGAUACAACCCUCCCGUCUAGUCUUUGCUCUGUAGCAACAGGAAUACUUGUCGGUGGCUGCUGCAAUGCAACUGAUCCAGGAGAACCUUGGUUGUUAAUGCAUGUUGCCCGCUUAGAACUUGACCUGUGUAAAAGAAGCGAUCCUGUACAGUCAGCAGCCCCUAUGCAACCUCACAACUACACUUUCCAAAUGAAUGACACUUUAACCUGCGACAGAAGUGAUGUAACACCGAUUACGGAUGAUGCCAUAAAGGGUUUCAUGCAGCGCUGGUCUGUAACAGACUGUGAUGCUGUAAUUACCUAUCCAUCCAUAAGCUCUAAGCUACAGUUGUACGCCAGCUAUUCCCUGUACUUCCAUUUGACUGUAGUUUACACACAGCAUGUGACACUAUUUGUGCAGAAGUCCUUUGAUGUUACGUUUGAGCUACUGCUCCAAUGUAGUGAUAUCUCCACCGAUGGUGGUGUGGUGUUCUCAUACUCUAACGAUGUGACUUUUGCUGUCAGUGUCGAAUCCACCAUAAAAAUUCAUGUAGGAAACGCAGUGUACAGCACCAACUUGAUUGUACAAGAUGGCAAAUGGAAUAAGAUUGUUCUUGUGUAUGAAGACAUCAAUGGAAAAUUAAACGUGUACCAUUUUACAUCAACUGGAACAGUGAAGCGAUACCUGAUGUCAAUUAAUACACACCUGUUUCGUGUUGCUGGGUACCUGACUCUUGGUUCAUGGCAACCUGCCUGGAACACAACAGGACAGGUGCCAUUGAAAUCAUUCUCUGGUCAAAUCGAUGACUUACGAGUCUGGAACCAAUACUUGAGUCCUGCUGAAGUGGUGGGAUUGUGGAGUUAUCCACCAACAACAAAUGCCACAGGGUUGGUACGAUAUUGGCCAUUUGACGAGGGAGAAGGAAUGGUUGCUGAAGAUCGCAUCUCCGGUGAAUGUCUUUACAAGCCUGAUGAUCCAUGGCCUAAACCUCAGUGGCUCGACUCCGAUGGACCUAUACCAGAAGACAGUUUAAGCCCUUCCAUGACUCCUAAAUUUAGUGAUGCUAACUUGGAAACUACUGCAAGAGACCUCUGCAUGAAACUGCUGUAUUCACCACCGAUUUCAGCUGUUUGCAGUGGUGUAGGUGAUGGAACAAUAUCGAUGUACUUUACACUCUGUCUGCGACAGGUUGCCGGAACACAAGACCUUGCUGCAGCUUACAAAGUUGCAUUCGGUUUCUCAGAUAUUUGUCAGAUUUCUCUGAAUCUUCUCACCUGGCCUGCACUGCCAUUAUGUCAAGAGGCACCAACACUAAGAGCAGGGACACAGUGCGAGGAUGGCUGUCUGUUUGGGGUGAAACUGCCUCUUGGAUCGUGUCAAUGCUUACCUGGGUUCUACGGAGAACAGUGUGAUAAGGUUUGUCCAGGUGGUUCUAUCACCCCAUGUAGCUCUCACGGCAGCUGUGAAGGUUCAGGUCAAUGCAUCUGUGAUCUCAACUGGGAUGGGUCAAUAGACUGUGGAAUCUGCUCACCAGGAUGGUAUGGCCAUGACUGCACAGUUGCUACAACACAAACAAUAACAACACCACGGCUUUCUGUGAGCAUUGUAACCGUGCACUCACAGUACACGUUGUUUGAUGGGCUGAGUUUCAAUCUUGCAGCAGUUGGUGAGUUUUACUUGAUUCAGACCAUCGACUUCCUCGUCCAGAUUCGACAAGUUCCUUGUUUCCAACAAUCUACAUGUGUAAAUUCCAUUGCUGUAAGCAUCUCCGACACUGAUGUUGUGAUUCAUGCUCCAUAUCAGAUCAAUCAUAGUCCAGUGAUCUGGAUUGAUGAAGUAAAAGUUGACAUCACAACCAAACUUUUCUAUGUUCAGAAUACCGACUGGAUCAUUGAACAAACAGAUGCAAACAUGAUGACCCUUUAUUCAGGACUUCAGGCGGAGUUUCACUUAAAGAUCCACUUUGUAGGCUUGUUCAUGCAGCUGAGCAUCUCAAUACCAUCCAACACUUGUUUGGCUUCAGAAGGCCUCCUUGGAAAUUGUAACCAAAACCAAACUGAUGAUCUUGGAAACAUGACCCAAGGUUUGGAUAAUAUAACACAGAAAGAUAUCAACACCCUGAUUGCUGAUUUGUGGACAGUUCCCUCUUCAGAUAGCCUGUUUGUCCAUCAAUAUGAAACCUAUGUUGAAGCAACAAUACCAAGUGGAGCUACAUUUGCUCUUGUGUUUGAAAACACAGGUGGCAGGACAGAACCUCUGAGAAAUUUAUCAACAGCAAUCUCAGAAAGUGAACUUACCAUUGAGUUUCUCGUCAAACCGUAUCUGUACGGAGGUGUUAUAAUCUCCUUUGGGCUGGAGUCAACUUUUGCCAUCAUCAAUGAUUUCACUAUCAAAAUCAUAAUCGGGACUCAUGUGUAUGACACUGGUAUCACAAAUGACCUCGAGACCUGGAAUAGCAUCUCGAUUGUGUUCAUAAAGGAGGAAAGUAUGCUGCGGUUUUACCAUCACAGCGCUACUGGGGUAGUCAGCUCGUGCCGUUUCGUCGUUGACAACUGGAUUUGGCUGGAGUCUGGCGUUAUUCUGUCUGUCGGACAGUGGCUGCCAUUACCAGACAACCAAACCUACACCUUCAACUCAACCUUUUAUGGUGAAAUUGACGAGCUCAGAAUUUGGGGUGCCUCAUUCCUACCUGCCAUCACACAACUCUCUGAUGCUUCAAAUACUUACGAUCAUGAAGGAGACCUGGCUCUUCUUUACAAAUUUGACAUUGGCUUCGGCAGCAUUAUUACAGACCCUGUGCUUGGCAAUGACAUCCUGACACCAACAGGCUCUUGGCAGAAACCAGAAUGGACCUAUUCUGAUGCAGACAUACCUCUUAAACUAACCGCUCCGUUUAAAGCAAAUUUCAGUCGCGACACCUUGCAAACAGAAGCAGAGACAAUCUGUGGGAGGCUGAAUGUCAGUGAUGGAGGUAUUCGAGGUGUCUGUGCUGAACUCAACCAGGCUACAGUAGAUUUCUACAUUCUGUCAUGUCUCCACAACGCUGCUGCGACAGGAACAUUAGAGAGUGCCUUUACAAUUCUUGCCGUGGUAGUUGAGUAUUGUCAAGUCAUAAGUAAUCAAGAACCUGACAUUAGCAUACUCUGCAAUAUCUUCAUUGAGGCACAACUUCCCAAGUGGCUGUUGUCAACCUGCAAAUCCUGCGGGUUCGGUCUUCCCAACCCCACUAACCCUGAUGCUUGCAUAUGUGAAACUGGAUAUUGGGGAGAUAGCUGUAUUGAAAUCUGUCCGGGCGGUCUUAUCACACCUUGCUACAAUCACGGAGUGUGCAACAACGAAGGCCAGUGUUUGUGCGAGAUCAACUGGGAAAGCCAACUUAACUGUGGUGUCUGCUCACUGAACUGGCUUGGAGAUGAUUGUGUCAUUGCCACCACAUCGUGGUACAAACAACCAAUUGUGAAUUUGAGAGUCAGUGCCCUCCUUACAGGCCAAGGAAGAGUCGUGACAUUUGGUGGAGUCUCUUUUGAUAUCAUCCAGGUAGGAGUCUACACAAUUAUCCAUCAUGCAGAAAGUGAAAUCAAGAUAAAUGGGAGGCUUUCUUGGUGCGCCACAGCUGAAGGUUUCUCCACAUGUUUUGAUGCCAUAUCCUUUCACCACCAUUCCCACAUCCUUAUAAUCCGUGCUUCAAUCGACACUGCAUUUUUCAGGCCGUACAUCUGGCUUGAUGGUCAAGUAAUCCAACUUGAUCAUACAAACCAAAUCAGUGAUGAGAUAAGUAUCGUUCGAGUUAAUGUCAUCCAAUAUCGAGUCUAUGUGAAGACCCUGGCUAUAUCUGUACUUAUUUCACUCCAUCCGCAUCAUUUUGGAUUCGGCAUUAGCAUGCCAUCGGAUGUUUGCAAUAGUUUUGGUUUUGCUGGACUGCUUGCUUCGUGCGACAGUUUGAAUCAAAUUGAGCAUGUGGACUGCUUACAGGAUGAACUUGAAACACCAGUGAUCGAUAGCAUGGACUGCCAGCGUAAUGCCUCAAUGAAUGCUGUCGAUAAGUACACUUCUAAAUUCCGAGCCUCAUCUUUUGUUAAUGUGUCUGAUGCAAACUACCAGCUCCUACUACCAGUACUUGGUGCGGGUUAUCAUUUGUACUUUACUGACAACAUCAUAGUUUCUGGACCACUACACAAUCUACCAUUUGAGAGAUUCACACUAGAGAUGUGGGUAAGGAUACAGCACCAUGGUGGAGUAUUACUCUCCUACUGUACAGCUGAUGACGUAUUUGCUUUAAUAAACUCGGAAGGAAGACUCAGUAUGUACUUUGAAGGUCAUGUGCACCGUCUGAAUUUGCGCCUCGAGUUGAAUCUCUGGAUUCAAAUAUCACUUGUCUGGCACCAGUCAACAGCCAUCUUGGAGAUGUACGUCUUUGACACUCUUGGAAUUCCACAAGUUCAGGCAAUUCAGCUCACCAGCAGAGCAUUCCAAAGUGGAGGUUUCCUAGUACUAGGACAGUGGUAUUCUCUUGCUCCAGUUGCUCUUCCACUACUUACCAACAAGCCAUUUAUCGGCGCUAUUGACGAGAUUCGAAUUUGGAACAGAAUCACCAACCCAUCUUUGAUUGUCUCCAACUGGAAAUUAAAUGCUGAUGUAAACACACCUGACUUAGCUGUUCUUUGGAAAUUCAAUGAAGGUGUUGGUGGAGAGGCAACAGAUCUCAUGAGUGGCGUAGUGAUGCAGUUCCCUAGUUGGAACGGCCCUUCCUGGAGGAUCACUGACAGCGACUACCCAAUUCCUGCUGAAAAGCCUCUUUCCUAUCCUGACUUCCCCAAUGCCACCUUUGCUAUGGAAGCUACUUCAAAGUGCCAGGAAAUCUUUUUAAGGGGACCUUUCCAUGAUUCGUGCUUUGCUCUUGGCAAUACUGUCAUUGAUAUUCAAUACAUACAGUGUCUGCACGACGUUGCCUUUCAUCAGGAUCUAAGUGCUGCUGUUGAAGCAACGGUAGCUCUGUCCGAUCUAGCUGAGACUCACUUACGCCUCAGUGAAUGGCCUGCACGGUAUUUAUGUAACAGCUUUCCGGGAUGGGAUUUCCCAUACUGGAUUGGACCACAGUGUGACAUUCCUUGUACAUUUGGACGGAGAAGCUCUGAUGAAAAUACCAAGUGUGUUUGUUUGAGAGGGUACUGGGGAAGGGAGUGUUCAAAUGUUUGUCCCGGAGGUAAACUGAGCCCUUGUAAUAAUCAUGGUCAAUGUAAUGCAACAUCAGGUUUAUGUGAGUGUGCAAAUCACUGGCUUGGACCCGCUGCUGAUUUGAACAACAACACCUAUGCAUGUUCACAGUGCUCUCCUGGAUGGUAUGGCAUUGACUGUUCCAUAAGUACAAUCAAUCGAACACGUACAGCAGGACUUACCAUUUUCUUUGGUCACCUCCACUUCACAACACUUGACGGUGCAAGCUUCCAUUUUGGAAUACCUGGAAUGUUCUACCUUCUAACUACACACUCAACAAGUGUACAGGUUCUACUGGAACCGUGUUACGGAAGUGUUGCUUGCAGGGAAAUUACUGAAGUUGUGAUCAGUGAAAGAGAAGUAACUCUGUCAUGUAGUAUCGACCUAGAGGUAGACACAAGAGAACUGAUUAUUCAACAGAAGUCUGGUCAGACAUGGGUUAAUGUUGAACAACCAGAGAAUGGUGAAGGCUCAGCUGGUUCUCUAGCCUACACAUGGUUUGCACCCCACCUUAUAAACAUCACCAGCACCUCUGAGUCAGUAGUGAUCAUCGUAGCACUCUAUUCUGGAAUUAUCACUUUGGUUGUUGAGACUCCAGAUGGCGUUAGUUUGGUGGGAGCAGCUCUGAGUGGAUCAUGGGAUUCCAAUUGGAUUAAUGAUAUCAAUGUUGGAGAGUUCCGACCAGAGAUAGAUGGCCCAGACAAAUGGCAACAAGUGAGUGAAGAUUAUUUUGUCGACAAUUUAGCAUCACAAAGUUACUGCGACAAAUCUCUCAGUACGUACUUCCGUUUACCAUUUGAGGAGUCCAACUUUCUGAGCGAUCAUGCCAAGGCAUUCACAGCUGCUGGUUACAUCCUGAGAUUUCAACACAACCAUGUUACGUUCUCCAAUAUCAUAAUAAAAGACCUGGACAAGUUCACUCUCCAGUGUUGGCUGCGUGUGGCUGUUUCAUCUUCUUCCAUUCAGACACUGAUGCUAUUUGAUUCAGAUACUUCUCUAUCCGUUCAACUAGCAGGUGGUAUAGUAAGGUUGAACUUUAAUGGGCAAACUGUGUUAACUGGCUUAGUCAUCCGAGAAGGAGUCUGGUUCCAUCUUAGUUUGUCUUGGAGAAACUUUGACGGCAGAGUGAUUGUUGAUCUGUAUGCUUCAGACCAGAAAGUUGUCCAGACAUUUACAGAGUUUGGCGUUCAAAUUCUGAAGUACCUGAAGCUGAGUGGAAGUCUCCAUCUAGGGCAACAUGUAACAAAUGGAAUCAUUGAUGAUACCUUGGAUUUUCAAGGUGAUCUUGAUUUGUUGCAUCUCGAGGAAUAUUUCUCACAUGGGGAAAACCUGGCUGAGGGUAGGGAGAGUUACAAUGAAGAGCUGUCUGAUGGUAUGCUAUUUCUGAUUGCACUGGAUGAAGGCAGUGGUUUCAAGGCAUUGAUGAAGUUGAGCAGCUUUGACAAUAGUAGUAUGGUGGAUGGAGUCUUGUACCCAGAGGAAGCACCACCAGAAUGGGUUCCGUCCAAUGCACCAAUCAAAGUUGUACCAGACUACUCCCCAAACUUCCCUACAACAACUUUAAUGGAGGAUGCCAUGGCCAUUUGUAACGCAUUCUUCUACGAAGACCCACUGUAUACAGCUUGCAAAGAUCUACAAAGUACACUGUUGUUCUACUAUGAGGCUUGUCUGUUGGAUGUUGCUUCAAGUGGAGACAUAACUCGUGCCAAUGUGUCAGCCGACAUGUUUGCCCUCAUUUGCCAACGUACUCUAGAACUCCCACCAGAAAAGUUCUGUGGUUUUUAUGAAUUCUGCAAGGAAAGACCAAUAAUAACUGGCUGUUCUUUGUGGUGUAUCUUAAUCAUUGUAGGCUGCAUUCUUGUAUUGAUUCUGUUCAUCAUUCUUAUUAUCUCCUGCGUCUACAACAAAAAGAAGAGAAAGAAUGAACAAGACAUCCAGACAAACUGGAGGUAUAUUCCCCCUUCAAGAUUGGCUCGACCCAAGUCCAGUGAUUCUCAAGGAAGACCAUUCUACACCGGACUUGGUAGACCACAAUCUGCAGCUCUACAAGAAGGCAUUACAAUGGUAACUCAUGGACCAUCUGAUGAAGAUGAUGCAUGUCAGGAUGUCAAUGCUGGGUUUGAUCAAGACACAGCGGAGACAGCCUUCACUCAAUUACCAAAUGCACCUUCACAAGCAUCGGCAAUGGGUAAGGCAUUUGGUCUGAGCAGCUUUGAACCGUUUCCUUCACUAGAUGACAAUCAAGCUGCAGCUAAACCUCUUCCAUUUAAGGGACCUGCUCACGGAUUUCCAACUGGUUUUCCAGACUCCGACUUCAGAAAUGAGAUGCCAGGCCCAUUUGAUCCUUUUGUGGAAUCGAUGGUCCUCCCACCGGCAUAUAAUCCUUUUGAUGUUCCCCUUCCGCCUCCAUACCAGGCAGUUCCUCCUGCUAAUGACAACAAUUCGGACAAUACAGCGUCUCACUCUGCACGGUGCGAGACACCACCAAGACCGCCAUCCCAGAAUGGCUGGCUAGAAGACACUCAAGAUGAUACACCCGACACUCAAGAUGAUACGAACGCCGAAGAUGACAAAAGUCUCCCUCACAAUCUGGACACUGAUUUAGACAAACCCACGCAGCAAACCAUGGAAUUUAGACAUGUGGCGAGUGCAUUUGCAGCAGACGGUCUGUCACAGUCUUCAGGAGAUAGUGAUAACAAUGCAUCCCUUCCAACCAGUCAACAUAUGUAUUCUCCUAGAGGCAAUCAACCAGGUUCCCCGUUAUUAGGGGGAUUUUUCUCUGUAACCGAUAGUCGCCCUGCCUCUCCAUCUCGUGGCGGAGCGUCUAACAACCAGGAGAGGCCAACCUCUGCCUCGAUGGGACAAGCUGGAGCAUCUAGACAUCAAAGGAGAACAGAAGCAUUGCGUCAAAUGAUCAGAGAAACCUCCAAUGUCGUUUCUCCAAUGUCAACCAUGGAAGAUUCACCUACGGCAUCCAGGGCAGCCUCCCCAGUUCCAGUCAUUGAUCUUGAAGAAGAAGAAGAUCUUCCAGUGCCUCCAGAGAUGUACAACAAGCCACUAUUUGAGUGGAGGGACGAAGAUGAGUCCAUUGUUUAAGAUCCAACGCUUAAAUUAUAACCAUUGUAAUAAUUACGAAUAAUAAAUAUUGAGUUCUUAUAUAGCACAU